GGGAGGCAGAGCGGGCUCCAUCUCUCUCUCUCUCUCUUAUGAAGUCUCUCACACAUGAACGGGACAAGUUUAGUUUGGAUCUAAGCUCACCGUCACUGAAGAUGACUUCACGGUAAAUGAAAGCCUCUCUGUUUUCUCUAAAGAAGACUCUUGAAGUCAACUUUUACUCACUUUUCCUCCUCUUUUCUUCUGUUUUCAUGCAGCAUUCCUCCCUGGUUCUUUGGAUUAUUUCUCCUCGUCCUCCAGUCCUGCCUCCACCACCACUCCUCCGCCUAUGAGCUGUUGGACGGUAUGUGCUCCUCUCCUCUCUUCUCUGUUUAUUCCAGAUUAAGCUUUUGUAUCUUGAGUGAACAUGACCUGUCAUCAGCUGGAUGUGAGCGGGGAAACUGUUGCGCUCCGGUCGUGGUGGAAAGUGAACUUGGUGCACUCGGACAGAGGAUGACUUAACUUUGAGAAAGAUGCUUCAACAGCAGAUAUUGGGGAUUAAAGUUUGCUCUGGUAGUUUCUAGUCAUUAUAAAGUGAAUAUUUUGCAUAACAUAAUGACUUUUUUACUUCUUUGUGGACUUUUUAGUUGGUGAUUAGUUGAUAUUUUUGUCUGAAACCCUCAUUUAGCAGGAGCAGUCUUUCCUGUGGGGUUUUAAAGUUGGAUUGGACCGUGUCCAAAGUCACUGUUUAUACUCCCACUACAGCGUGCAGAGUGAAAUCUGAUGUCCCCCUGACUCUGGAAACUUUAGGAGGUUUUCAGGAGCCUCUGCUUUUAGAUGAACUCAGUGAGGAGUUACCUGCGAGCUCCUCUGAUGGACGUUGGUUUCCAUUAAACCCAUUAUACUGAUGUGUUUCUCUGAACUCUUGCAGACUGUUUUCACAGCUUAAAUCUGGAUUUUCUCCACCAUAAAUGAAUGAAUGAAUCAAUCAGGGAGCUUCAACAUGUUCCCAAUUAGGUGGAUUUUCUUUUCCACUGCUCUUGGUGGCGGCGAAACCUCACAGAAGUAGUAAUCAGUAGCACAGCAUGAUGAAGGUAGUGAGGAUAAUGCAGAGCAGCUGAUCUUCUAACGUGUGCUUGUCAAGGAUGAAGGUCAUUGUCAAUUAUGUCCCAGUUUCAUUAGACGGGGCUGUCACGGCUUCGUCACUGCGCUGGAAUCCAGAUUGACAUUUGCAGCUAUGUGAGUGUAUUUAUGUGUGUAUUUAUGUGUGCGGAUGUGUUGACCUGUGAUCACCACGAGGACCUCCGUGUCACAAAAGCAGCAUUGUUUGGGUCCACUGGAGUAAUUACGGGGUCUCUUUUGCUAAUGUGGACCCACAGACUCUGACAUUUUGAAUUAAACUCCACUUUGCAUGUUUGUGGGUGAAAAGUGUUUGUGAAAUAUGAUCCCAUGAGACGAAGUAACGGACUCGAUCAUGGCUGUGAGUGAGAAGGUGGAUGAAGUUCAGUUGUCUGACUAAAGCUGAACUUUUUCAACUGUGAUUUCAUGCUUCAGUUUCCUCUUUUGUAAAUCCUGCAGAUGCUCGCUGAGCCAAAGCCCCGACAGGCUUUGUUUGUGCUUUUGCCAUAUUCAUAAUCCACCAGCAUGAUUCACUGUUUCAAAAAAAGGAAAGAGAGAAAAGUGUGUGCAAGUGCAUGCCGACUCUUUUGCCAGAGAGAGAGAGAGAGAGAGAGAGAGAGAGAGAGAGAGAGAGAGAGAGAGAGAGAGAGAGAGAGAGAGAGAGAGAGAGAGAGAGAGAGAGAGAGAGAGAGAGAGAGAGAGAGAGAGAGAGAGAGAGAGAGAGAGAGAGAGAGAGAGAGAGAGAGAGAGAGAGAGAGAGAGAGAGAGAGAGAGAGAGAGAGAGAGAGAGAGAGAGAGAGAGCACUUGGGACAAAUAUUUCCAGUCUGCAUGCUGUAAAUAUUCUUAAAAACAGAGCUGUCGCCGUGGCAACAUUCUCAUUUCUGUGCUCCUCGUGUGUUGAACUACAGCUAAUAUAAUCCAUUUCCUUUGUGUGUGAAGAGUGCAUCAUCCUCUUUCAGCUGUGUGCAGCGUGUGUGCUCGUGUUUUGAGGUGGAUACAACUACAUCUGUGUUUAGUGAGGUCUGAAAUUUGACAGAUGGAGUUAGAGAUGGUUUUAUGUGUGAGUAACAGCAGAUAAAAAAAGACAGUUACAGAAACAUGAAUGACAGUAUUCAAAACUUUUUAUUGAUUAAGUGUGAAUGGGAUUGGACAAAACAAUGAAUAAAAAAAUCCCUGUUCAAAUCAAUAGAUCCCCAGCCAACACUUUUUCAAUAUGUAGGAUUUUUUUAAGUACUUGACCAGGUCAUUGUUUAACAAUGAAUGGGAGCAAAAUGCAUGAAGACAUGAGGAGACCAAUUAUUACACCUGUGUAUGAACAGAUAAAAAAGGAUAUAUUUAUACUUUUUUCCAACUGAGGUGCUAAAUAAUGAAGUAUACAUGCACAGAUGACUCACACUUUAUAUCACCAUGGGUUAAAUUUACCCCAAAUAAGUCUGAUUCUGGCAAACAGUAUAUUAAAUUGUGUUGGGCUUACAUACUAUAUUGUAUUAUAUCAUAUCUUAUUGCAUCAAUUUAUCAUAUAAAUGUGUCUUAAGAUGUCUAAUUGUAAAGUUACGAUAUUCUUUAAUUUAUGAUACAUUACAUUAUGUUAUGUUAGGAUACAAUAUGAUACAAUACUAUAUCAAAUUGUAUCAUAUUGUAUCCUAACAUGACAUAAUGUAAUGUAUCAUAGAUUAAUGAAUAUCAUAACUUUACAUAUAGUAACUUUACGUAUCGGAACUUUACAUAAUGUUGCGUAACAACUGAUUGUUUUAGAAUAUAUAUUAUUUUACUGCAUCAUAUUGAAGUGUAAUUGUAUCAUAUUGUAUCGUAUUCUACCCUAACAUAACAUAAUGUAACAUAUCUUGAUUUUAUGUAUUGUAACUUUAUGCAUCAUAACUUUGCGCUAACUUUAUAUAAUGUAGCUUUGUAACUGAUUAACAGAUUUUUUUAGCAUAUCUUAAAAUUUACUGUAUCAUAUUGUAUAUUUUUAUAUCCUACUGUACCUAUAUAAUUGACAUAUAUCAUCUUAUAGAGUCUUGUUUGUGUUAUAUCGUAACGUAACAUACCACAAAGUAACAUAUCAACAUAUCUCAUAUUUUACCUCGUUAAAUCAUAAUGAAACUGCAUCAUAUCAUAUCUUAUUGUUUCAUAUCUUAUCAACUGAUGGUAAAUGUAUUAUAUCAUCUCUCAUAUCACAGCUUCUACACACUUCCUCACAUAAACCUGCUCAGCUCUCACUUUGAUGGUCUGAUGUGUAUAACCCUGAACCCCCGAUGGAAGUAUAGGGAUGUAGUUUACCUCCAAACAACAACAACACACACAUGCAGCAGUGCAGCUCAUUGUGUCGCUCUCCAUCUGGCAGACACAUGCUUAUUACUCAGACCUGAUGGUGUUUUUGAUUAUAAUGAAGGAACAAUCUGAAUCCAGGGACACAGACGCCUGUUAGAGACAUGAAUUCAUGAUAAUGACUUGAUGAUGAAGCUGAUGAUGUGUGUCUUGGAGGCAGAUGAUAACAAUGAGGCUAAUGAUGGUGAAGACGAGGGUCUGAAAGAGAAAGAUGAAGAUAGAAUGAUGUGGGAGUGCCAGGAGAUCAGUGAAGAGCACAAACGCAUGUAAGAAAACGUAAAAAUCAAACAGGAAAGAUCUCUGAUCUUCAGACCAAAGGGCUCUGAGUUCAUUUACAGGGUUAUAUUUCCAAAACACGGCUGAUGCCAGUUUGAAAAACACUCUUUAUCUCCCCUUUAAAGCCAAACGUCCAUCCUGCCAUCAAAGACAGGCUCAUUAUUCUCCUCUUUUUAUCUGCUGUUUGUUUUGGGGAAGGUCAACUGAGUGUGUUUGCUCUUCUUCUUUAACUUCACCUCCCCCUCCUAAAGUCCUUGAAUGUUCCCGCCAUUGUGGGCUGACAAAGAAGCCCAAACUCCCGACCUUUACAUCCCCUCUGGUCCCGAAACAAACCAAGAACUCAGAGAGAUACUAGAGGAGAUUUCACUGUAUGUUUUAUUUGAUCUUAUAUACUUUAUUUUUAUCACUAUUUUGCAUAUAUUUCUAUAUAAAAAGCCAGCACAUGCAGGUGAAAAUUUCCUUAUAACUUCAUCCUGAUCAACUGAGACUAAAGCAGACAGGGGCCAGUACAGGAGGAGUCACCUUUUUACAGUCUUUAUGGGACACAGGUAGAAGUUUCCUCUCGUCUUUUGAAAACUAGUGCAGAAGAGUUUCCUGCAGCUUCUGUUGCAGUAACUUGACCUCCAGACUGCGCUCGGGUUCCUCUGUGCUGCCAUGCAGGGGCGUGUCCAGACUUCUAGACUUGAGUGACACAGGCAGGGGUGGCCAGAGGUAUCAGUGCAAAUUUGGCUUCAACAUUUGACAGUCGAUAGCAUUUCCAAACAUAGACUAUCGACCUUUCUUUGUUGUCUUUGUUUGAUUUGCUCGAGAGUGUUCCCAGUUCAAUCCUGGUGAAAGUUGGCGGGAAAAAUUAGCACUCAAGUGUCGAUAACAGUUCCAGAAGUGAAGAAAAGAGGUCAAAAAACACAACAGGGACUCAGAUAUAGAGGCCUGACUUGACUCUCAGAUUUUGUAUUAAUCCUGAGAAAAGUAAACCCAGAGGUGACGCAUGUAAGUUAAAAGUAAAGAUUAGAUCUCCUCUUUAGAUUUGUUAAUAGAUUCAAAAGGAUCCUGAAGUGUUGUGUAAAUUUUUCUUUGGUUUUUGGACUUGAAUCUUAUUUAAUGAGAUUCUGGUUUGGCUCGGAUUGAUUGUAGGUCAUCUGGAUCGCCGCCCAGCGAUGUCAGGUUUUGAUUUAAAGCUCAGAGAGGGUUUCCAUCCAGCAAUGAUUUCAUGAAUGAGUGAUAAAAAAAAAAACAGACUUCUUAUAUACAGUUUUUGACAUUUUCUGUUAAACUUAGUGUACUUUUAUUCCACCCCACACUCAAUGGGUCAAUUUAUAUCUAUAUAUCUUUUCUGAGGGUUGAAAAACUUCGACGAUGAGCGCCAAGUAAAUACCAAAAGAGGAAAAUUGGAGAUCAGAGUGAGUGGAUGUAAACUCAGUAAAAGCUGCCAGAUGUUUCUUUGACAGCACAGAUGUGUGUUUGUGACUGAACAAACCUGCUGAAUCAGGAGGUUUUUCAGGGUUUUAUUACAUGAAAUCAUCCGUCUCUGUCAAAUUAACAAGUAUUAAUGCAAUAAUGUUUACAAAUUGGAUCCAAAGUGAACACGGAAAUAUAAUCAAUCUUAAACACGUCAACUCAUGACACAGAUGAGGUUUUGUCUCCUGGUUAGUCAGACCUUCACCUCUACAAAAUAAAACACAGCCUUUGUAAGUCAGAGUUUAAACAACUUUCCGAACCUUUAACAUGACAACUGACGUAGUUCGAACAGAGCCACGAUGUCCACCACCAGGAUUAGUGGUCAAAGCAGCUCAUAUGUCAAACAAACAGACUUUCAUUCAGGACUAUUUUGGAGCAGAGGUAGAUAUGAAUCAUUUCUACAGUUAUUAAUUGAGUCAUGUAUGAACCAUGACUUCACACAAGUUUCCGAAUUAACGCCGAAAUCCCCCUUUUUUAAUCACCAUGGAGUUAAAACGCCAAGAACAGACCAAACUGUGGUUGGAUCAUGGUUGGUUAAAUACCAUAAAGACUGGGUAAAGUUUAGGCGCCGCCUCAAGAAAUUACCCAAAGACAAAGUCCGAUAUCUCAUACCAACAAUCAGCAUAUCUGCGGGUCUUUGCUGCUGCUCUCCCUGCCUUUACUUUAGCAUUCAGACACUCUCAUGACUGAACUUCCUUUUUAUCAUCCCUCAGUUUUGCUCGAGUCAGGUCCGUCUUGUCUGAAGACUUCGACACUUAAACUUCUCCAUGGUGGUGUAGAUGUGCUGCACAUGGCUCUGCAUCCCAGACUACUUGUGUUUACUUCCACCAGCUGAUGAAUUAGAGCCAAUAUGACAGCUGUUAUUAACUCCAUCCAGGUCCUAAUAAGUUUCUUGCGCUGUAAUCGAUGCAAUUUGUUGCUUUUGUAAUCUUUUUCCACUGUUGACUUUUACUUUUAUUAAAUAAUCCCACCGCCUUGAUGUUAUUUGUUUAUAAAUGCUUUAAAAAGGAAGAGGACCUGAUGGUUUAACCGUAGAUCAUGCUGACUUUACACUUCAGGGAAAUCUGCUCCUCAGCGCAUAACCUGCUAAUAAUUUAAAGACAAAACCUCAAAGCAGGAACACGUGGCGUGUCCUGAAGGGUAAACAGGAAUAGCUCAAUUUAUUCCAAGCGAAAAAAACACCUAUUUUGAGUUCAGACUCAGUGUGAGCUCAGACGGUGUUGAAGAGGUGGGUGAGUUAUUUUAAAGCUGAAGACAAACACAGGAUGUGUUAAGUAUAGGACGGAUUCUGACGCAUAGUGUCAGUCUGACCUCCUUCCUCUGUGUCCUUAUUUAUGUGCCUCCUCUUUGAGUUAGAGGAAACAAGCCGUAAAACAAUUUUAACAAAAGAAAAGUCGACGAAUUUCUGAAUAGUUUUACAUCUUAAAUUGACUAUUUUAUUUUAAAAAGGAAGUUUGAACGGCUGUUGUUGCUCUUCUCUUGGAUAAAACGCUCAUGCUAAUUAAAUCCUCAUCUGAGCAUCAGUCAUCAGUGAGGAGAAUCAAAGCUCGGACCAUCAAAGAGCUUUUAAUCCAAAUGUGCUGAACACUGUUUGAUGUCGACCGCUCUUUUCUGUCUUUGGCCUUGACUCAGCGUUUGAUAAUACUGAUCAAAAAGACCAAACUUAAAAUAAAAAAGCAGACUUUUCUUUCAUGCUCGUUCUUUUUUUGUCUUUUGCUUCUCCUGUCUUUCCAUGGUAUCAAACUUUAAUUUUGGUGUCAAACUUUUUAACUUUUUUAAAAUUAGCACACCUCUUCUUGCUGCACAUCUAAAGCUCAUGAUACUCUGAGAUCUCGACAUCUUUAAUAUAUCUUUCAGUUUUUCAUCGCCUUUAUUUCGUCGUCUUAAGACCACAAUGUGACGUUUCUGUGCAGCUGUUUUUGCGUUGUUCAGUUCUGAUCCAGUAAGGAGGGAUUUGGACUCGGGUUGUUAGUGUUUGUAAGCCUCGCCAGUCUGCACUAGCAUUGCGAGCCAGUUAGGUAGAACACAUAUCUCGUUUAGGGUGACCAUACGUCCUCUUUUACCCGGACAUGUCCUCUUUUCUUGGGGUUGUCCCGCUUUGUCCGGGGGAGUUUAUAAAAUCCUUUAAAUGUCCUGGGUUUUGUACGGAAGAUUUGAGUCUGUGUCACGUGGACUUACUAAGUUAGAAGCAAGUAAAAAACACUCGACCCGACCUGCAAAGAUCUCAAGAUUUACUAUGCGCGACUCCGCCCCUGUGAAGUCGUGUCCUCUUUUUGGGGAUUCAGAAUAUGGUUAUCCUAAUGUUGUUGCGUUGCGUAGUUUUAUAGUAUUUUGAUCUUGAAAAGGUGGGCUGUGUGGGGUAUAACCACUUAAUUACAGCGAUAUGUAUAUCUAGAAUAGGCAUAUGAAUGUAAGCUGGUGGUGCUAGCUCUGCUAAUGUUAGCCACACCCACAAACUAAUUCUACACUUUUUACACUUAGACUUUGUUUAAUCUUACUUAUAUUUAAAAUAAAUAAAUAAAAAGUGGUAAAUUUGACUGUUUUUUCUGCUUUUUAGACUUUAGACUAGUUAGUUUGUUAGAACUUGAAUUUCUGUUUUAACUCAAAAUCAGAUGCGAUUGGACGUUCAUCAUUCAGACCAACUGCCCACAACCAAUUUGGACAUACGCGAUCCAUCUCCUGUGGUGACUUGAUGUCCUAAUGAGGAGUCUUUAAUUAAACCAGCACUCAAAAAGGUUCAGAUACUCUGUGGUACAACACUUUUUCUGAGCAAUGACAACUUUUUGAGACAGACUCUGCAGAAGCAGCAAAAACAGCCUCGUCUAUUUGAAUGAUUGAUCCAGGUAUCUGCUCACAGGUCAAAGGUUGCACCUAAAUUUGCAGCAGAUGUUGUGAUGAGGUUCCUAACUGUACAUUAAUAGAGCUGAAGAGGGAACAGACUGAAAAAAAGUCCCAGACCGGGUUAAACAAAGUCGUCAAGAGGUGUGAAAGAGAAAAACGUUCUUUCUUUCAUCACCCGCUGAUGACUUAUCCUUGAGCGAGUCGCACAUGCCGAGCCGUUUAAUGGCGAGAAAGCGGACUGUUGAAGGUUUGAGUGAGUGCAACUGUAAAAGUGACGCGAGAUGAAAAGAAAGUCUCCCUCUGAAGAGAGUUGGAACAUCACAGCACAUAAACAUGGUUACAGCUGCACAGGGCCACGUUGUGACCGAACCACAGAGCAUCCUGUGUGCUGUGAGAAAAUUCACCGAAUUCAAUCUGACACUUGAUAGAAGUUAUGAGUGUAGCUGCAUUCCUGUUGGAAAGACUCGUGCAGAAGGGAUUAGAGGUGCAUCCAAACUUCACUUUACCAUAAUUCAGAGUGGCUUGAAUUAGCGUGUUUACUUUCUGGGAGCGGCCUGCUUCCUGGAUUUUUUUUUUUUACUUCUUUUUUUGGCACCGCAGAGGUCUGAACGCUGAAAACAUGGAAUAUUUUAGAGUCUGGAAAGUGUCUGUCAGGGGGGAAAGAUGGAGUUGAAACAGGCAGGUGUGUGUUCAGCUGUGAGGAGGAUAGAGGAGGGAGGGGAUGAGGAGUCAUGGAGCAGCGGUGCAUCUGAGUGUCCACUGAGGUCAUGGGGUCCAGAGCAGCUGUGUGCGGGACCAAAACACUGAUAAAUGAAUGACAGUGUCCCUGGUUCAACUCAAAGUCUGUAUUUACCCCCAAAUAUCAGAGCACAUGUCUGAGCCUGUGUGAGUCUCCAACUGGGAUGGGGACAGAUCAUCUUAUUUGCUCUUGUUUGAUCCACUUUGGAUCCUCUUCUGAUCCUCUUCUGAUCCACUUCUGAUCCUCUUCUCAUCUCAUUUUCCACAAACUCACGUCGAGUUCAGAAUACACUUUCUUUUUGUCUGUUACAAGUACUGUGAUGGAUUAGGUUUUUAGAGAUUAGGCUAUUUUUAACAUCCUUGAGGGAAACCCUCCCAAAGGAUCAAUAAAGUUCAAUCUAAUCUAAUCUGAUCUAAUCUAAUCUAAUCUAAAUUAAUCUAAUCUGAAAUAAUCUGAUUUUAUCUAAUAUAAUCUAGUUUAAUCUAAUCUGAUCUAAUCAAAUCAAAUCUGAAUUAAUCUAAUCUCACUUAAUCUAGUCUAAUCUGAUCUAAUCUGAUUUACUCUCAUCAAAUUUAGUUUAAUCUAACCUUAUUUUAUUUUAUCUAAUCUAGUUUAUUUAUUCUAAUCUUAUCUAAUCUAGUCUAAUAUGGUCAAAUCAAAUCUAUUUUUUUAUAUCUAUCUAAUCUAACCUUAUUUUUUAUCUAAUCUAAUUUCUCUAAUCUAAUCUAGUCUUAAAUAAUCAAAAGCAGUCUAAUCCAAUCUAAUCUUGUCUAAAAUAAUCUAAUCUAAUCUAAUCUAAUCUAAUUUAAUCUACAGAGUCAUGAAUUCAUGCCAUGGUUUUAACUACAUCAAAGUUUGUCAGCUAAUAAUCAUUACCCAGGCCUUAUAUUGUCUUGGUGUUAGUCCAGGCAGGCUGCUGAGUCUAGCUCACCCCUCUGUACUUCAGUAUCAUCACCUCAGAUUAAUCCAAGUCAGAUUAGGAUUCUAUUCAAACUGUUUUAUUCGUGCAGAUUUCUUUGUAAACUAAUUUAAAAUUUCCACAAAAUCAUCUUAACGUCAUAAAAUGGUCGGUAUAAAGUGUGAUAAGUGUGAAUUUGGUUUACUUCUGUAUUUCAUCCUCAGACCUCUUUAUGUACAGCAUUACAGUAUAGAGAACAUCUCACUCUAAACUAUAUUUAUUACUGUGGUCCUGUGACAGCUUCAGGAUUUUUCCAAGCGUUUGGAUUUCAGGAAUUUCUUUCCCAUGCAGCCACCAGAGCAGUUAUGAGUUUGGCCGCUAACAUUCGACUGUUUCAAAUCAUCCAGACGAUGUUGGAACAGGUCAGAGCCAGGACUCUGUGACAGCCAGUCUACGCCUAUCUGUGAAGGGUUCAGAAUAAAAAAAAGGUUUCAUCGUUUAAAUAAAAAAAUCACAGGUUGAUUUAAGGAACUCCGGAUUAUAAUGACGCAUCUGUGCCCCCCUACUUCCAAAAGGUCCACCAGGUCAAAGCUCAGCAGGGUUUCCAGCAUGUUGACCCAACCUUGAACCUUUUAUGGCUCUGGUUUGGUCGCCUGUCCAGCUGAUGGAUGACUGCUGGUCAUCGGCAAACCAAAUCUCAGACUUCAAAGCGACUCUGAGGUUUCAGCUCUUAACCACAGAAACCUCGACUUUUGAACUGUUGAUGGACUUUUUAGAGGGUGGGCCGAGGUGUUUAAUGCAUCUAUUCAACCUAAAAACCGGCGUUUCUUCGGCGCAUUGGGAGUGAUAGAGGAUGACGUGCGUCUGUAGUGAGGAUGUAAUUGUUUCCCAGUGGGUGAUGGGAUUACUGGCGGUGGUGUUGAUGGUGGUUUUGUGGCGCGUGUGUCCCCGUGUGUACGCACAGAUGGUCUGCAGCUGCGUUAGUUCGAAGCACACUGUCAACUCAACUUCCUGAAGAUCCCAUCAAAAAUCUCAUUACUGCUCCGCUCUGAGUUUACCUGCUUCUGACACCACAGCUGGCAGACAAACAUCAGCAAACAUCUGUGUCUUCCCUGUUCCUCCGAUUCAUCUGAAAAUUCACUUUCAGCUCCUCUAAUCUCAGUUCUGUUGCUCCUGUAUGAAUAAAACUACAGAAAAAUCUCAGAGUCAGUUUUGCUGGUUGGUUUGUGGUCUGCCGUCUGCAGCUAUCGGCCUCUCAUUAGCACUUUAGAUGACUGUGUCGGUGCAUGUAGAAGACUCUUUCACUCCUAAACCAAAAGUAUGAGGCAGCUCUCCAAGAGAAGUGCUGAAUGUGCGUUUUCUUUCACCAGAUCAGACUUUAAAGCUGUAACCCAAGGCCUUCUCUGUCCCUGUAUUUGGUAUUUUUCUGACAAUCCAAUAGAAGAUUCGACAUCACCCACACUUCUAAAGGGUCUUUGUUUUGUGGCCUCUUUAUUUAGCAGUGUUGACCUUUUAAAUAAUGUUUAUUUAACCACCAAAAAGACAACAAAUUGUGAAUUCCUGCAGGAAAUUAAACAGAAAUUAGAUUUAAACAAGCUUGGUUCAUGAAUCUUGCAAAUAUGUGCGACAAAAGAAACAAAGUUUAAGCUCUGUUAAGUGUUUCUCUCCAAUUUGAAGAUCAAGUGUGUUUCCUGUGGUGAGGUCAUUAUAACGAGCCUGAAGUUGUUGACAUCCCAUAAUUAUACUUAAUCUUUGUCUGCAAUAAAACCCUGAUUGAACCGGUCCUAAGAGUCUCCCGCUGGGAUCCUAAACGUCCGUCAGUAGAGUUUAAAUGUUCAUGAGAGAAAUAGUUUUGGACGUGUUUCAUCUCUCUGACUGAAUAUUUGGCAUCACUGAAUAUGAAACACAUUUACUGAUCCAGAUUAUUCCUGAAAAUGAACACUGAGAGAGCUUGCAGGUAAAAAAUACAUAUGAUGUGAUAAUUAGACCAGAGAAUUGAGCUUAACGCUAAUCUUGACGCUAUCUUAAAAGAUGAAUUAUAAAAACAUUAAUCCUGUUUAUAUGACGAAGUGUGUAAGGUACAUAAUCAAAAUUGCUUAUGAUCACAUUGUGCUGUAAAAAUGGGUAUUUUAACAUGAGGCUUAAUGAGGAUUUCUUUGCUUUUGAAACCAGCCUCUAGUGGACAUUUAAGGAAGUGCACCCCAGCAUUGAUUUCAUUUUAAACACAGGAAGUUGAAGCUUCUCUCUUCUGAAUGCGGCUGUGUCUUUAGCUUUACCCAGUGGUGGUAUGUUUAUGUUUAUCUUUGGUAAAAAUUAUUUAUAAUUUUCUCAGUUUGAUGCUGUUAUUUACAUCAAAUGAUCCUGAAACAUCUGGAAUUGUUGCAUUUAUUAGAGCCUAUUUUAAGAAGUACUGUUGUGUAUUUUAGUUUGUAGAUCUAAUGUGUGUCAUGAUGGUUAUAGAUGCCUCCUAAGAUGGAGAUUUUGGUUCGAUAAUCCCUAACCGUACCUCUUCUGGGGAGCCGCCUCGAAAAUACAUCAAAAUCUCCACAAUGGAUUCCUGUUUGUAAAAACCAUCGCUGAGAUUUCAAGGCCUUAAACCCCCGUGUUAUAUUAUCCUGAGCUUUUGAUGAGAGCUCCUCUUCUUCUUCUGUAGUCCCUGGUUGAACAGUACUGUCAUCAGUCCAUCCAUCAUGGCGGCACCACACAUCCCGUCCCGGUCUUCAGACCCUGAAAGUUUUGAAAGCCCCUUUUGAACGGAGCAGAAAGAAAAACAGAUCCAGUUCCCCAAAAGGAUUCAAGGUUGGGUGUUUGGACUGUUUUCAAGAGCUCAUGAAGUGUUGGCCUGAUGUUUUUAUUACAUUUUACUGGAAGUUUCUGGUUUUUAUAUGCGCUAUAUUUUUGUCAGGCUUAUAGAAUAACGAGGUUUGAAACUCUGACAAUGACUUUGGAGGGAUGGAGAGAUAAAUUAUCUCAUUUGGGACCACCCUCUCUGCAUAAAUGUUGAGAAAUCCCCUUCAGACACCAGAGCAGAGGUCAGAUCAUAUGUGGGCUGAACCAUGAUAGACACGGUGGUCCAAAAGUGGUCUGGACUAAUCAGCUUAAGUGAAGUUCUGCUGUUGAGCCAUUUCCAUCGGACUGCACUUAAAUAAUCAGCUAAAUUUUCUGUUUAUGUAGCAGAAGAGGUGCCGGUAAGAGGUAAUUUCCCUUACCUAAGAGCGGCUACUUUCCUCAUGGUUUAGUGAUGUGUUACCAAUUAAAACUGAAUGAAACUUGGCAAUAAGACGGAGCACACGGCUGUGGCUCGACUGGAAAGUCUCGGUGGUUAGAAGCGUGUUUCUGGCGAGCCUAACCUGGAAUUAACAGCAGUGAAACUUUAAAUGCUGGUAAAUUCGUCUGUGGUUUUGUCGGGGGGGGGGGGGGGGGGGGUUCUGGUCUGGGGGUCUGGUUGUUUUGUUAAUCCACUUCAGCUGUUUGAUUUAAAAUCCUGUAUCAGACACUGUUAUUGUAUUGUAAUGGUAAAACUCCUUCUGGAGUCCACGUCUAUAAGAUGAGAAGCGAGCUCCUAUAAAUCACCUCCUGGCUCUUUUUCAUUCAAAAUAAUGACCUUUAAAUCCCUUCAUCAGCAGCCUCUUACAGCUGAGUCAAACCUGGCAACACGGCCUCGAGGAAAGGAGCCUAUUGAACGAUAUGUGGCUCCCUGAGGAGAGGAGAGACGACGGACUUACACAGACAACCCUGGACCCCUGACAGCCUUCCCAAAGGCAGCAGAUGCAAAAUAAACGAAUGAACUCUGGCCCAAUUUCUUUUCAACUUCUGCUGCACUCAUAAGUAAAAUCUGACAGAGUACUCGUGGCAGAGGCUUACAUCUUGGCUCAGGGUUUACCCCUUUGUUAUGAUACUCUCCUUUUAUUCUUGUGGCUCAGCUCAGAACAUUAGAGCGAGGCCGGGAGAGCUGAUGAACAACAGAGACGACAGCGCUGAGAGUCGUGGUUCUCGAAUAAGUUGUGGUCACCGAGACAGAAACCUCAGACAUCUCUUUAAGAUUCACGGAGGACACUGACGAAGGAUCUCUAAUUCAGACGGACUUGUUGCCUUUACUUUGCGUUAAAUUGUCAAAACAUGUACUCUAGUAUUUAACUCUUCAUCCCUCAUGUUUUUGGUGGCGAGAUUACAGGCCUGGUUUCAAGGCCCUCCUGUAAAGUUUCCAGCAGAUGAUGUAAGUAGAUGUAAUGGUCUGGAACGUGAAGUGAGGGACAGGCGGUAUCAUUAUUAUUAUUAUUCCAGCGUUGUUGGCUCGUCCUGUAACCCUGAAGCCGUGUAGUUUGAGGCUAACAUGGAGUUUGUCAUGGUUAUGACUGUGGUCUCCGCUAGUUUAUGAUGGGAAAGGAUUGUGGUUUCAGAAACCGUUUCCUACACGCUCGCUGAGCUGCGGCGGUCAACCGUCACUAAAAAAGCUCUGCAGAAACAUGGAUUGGGUUCUCAUGGCCUCAAAGAAAACUGUGGACUGGGUUUGUGUAAUCACACCUACUGUGCAGAUUUCUGCUGUUCCCUGAACCCAUUAUGGGAAGUCCCCGUUAAUCACAUGAAGGUUCUUUUCUCAACCUCUAAAAAUGAUUCAUGGCUGUAAAAUGUCAAAUUCUGCCUCUUUGUACCGUAAACUGUAGAUUCGACAGCGUUUCAGUGAUUCAGCAGGAUCAGGACCUGCUGAGUUUGGGUCAAUAAUCAACUCAGGAUUGAACCUCUUUAGAGGAAAUCUGGAAACAUGAUAAACCGAGGGCUGAAAUUUACUUUGUAGGGUAUCAAUCAACUUUAUUUUAUUUCUAUAGUACAUUUAAAAGAACCACGAGCGUAGCCAAAGUGCUGUACAUUGUAACAUAAAAACAAAUAAAACAAGCAAAGAACAAGAUAGAGUGAGCAAAAAUACAUAAAUGCAAUAAAUAAAUAAAUAAAUAUAUAAAUAAGCAGGAUCACGGCAAGUGCUAAGAUUAAAACAAACAAAAUAAGACUAAAAUGUAUUAAAAGCCAAGGAGUAAAAGUGCGUUUUUAAAGGAGGGAUUUAAAAACAGGAAAUGAGAAGGCCUGUCUAAUUACAUGCAAUCAGUCAGACUAAUAUGCAUUUCAAAGUAAAAGCCUGAACUUUUUUUUUCUUUUAAAUCCUGCUUUUAUUCUGAAGUCAUGUCCAGGACAGUUUCACCAACUUUAAUUGAGGUUAAGGUGAACAUAUCCUGGGAAGACGUUUUUAUUAGUCACAUUAGCUACAAGCAAGAAUGAAUAAAAAUGUUGAUAAAAUGGAAUAAUGCAUUAAGAAGUUUACUGCUCAACUAAAGCCAGUUUAGGAAGGGUGACCGUACGUCCUCUUUAACCCGGACAUAUCCUCUUUUUGGGGGCUGUCUGGGGGAGUUUAUAAAAUCCUUCAAAUGUCCGAGCUUUUGUGUGGAAGUUUUGAGUUUGUGCAGCAUGGAUCACCUGAGUUAGAAGUGCGUAAAAACACAUAACCCAACCUGAAAAAUCUCUUAAAUUUCACACACUUUUGUGUCCCCUUUUCUGGGAUUCAGAAUAUAGUAACCCUAGUUUAGGAUAAAUACAACUCACUACCAUGUCACUCAAAAAUUUUAAAGUGUAUACCCUUCUUAGCAUAAACUCAUUUUUGAGUUUGUUCUAUAAUUAUCAGUUUAUUCCUUUUUCUGUUGGUAUAUUCCGACGUUCUUGCUCUGUGAAUCGUACACAUUCCCUCAGUGACGUCUGAACCCACAUAAGCUGCAGAAGACUAUCUGUACAGUCACAAUCCUUAGGCUUAGUGAUAUUGUUAAACGUUAUAAACAUUAAUAAUAUUAAAUAUGAGAGUCUUUCAUCUUCCACUUUGAUAACCAGAUUAUUAUUUUCCUCCCUGAGCCUCCAGGGCUGCUGGAUCUGGACACAGACCUCAUUGUUGAUCAUUUUAGACUCUGAGGAUGAGGAAUGAUUAAAAAAAAUGAUCAUAUUUAUGUUAAACAGGGAAAUAAGGAAAAAAAAACAUCUUGUUUUUACAAUAUUUCAGACCUGGGGCUUCCUGACCUGAGCUCUCCUCAACAGGUGUUUUAGUUUUGCAGCAUUUGUUUGGAGUUUGUACAGAUUGACCGUACAAGGAGGUACAGCUGGAUCUACUUUGUGUGGAGGAUCACAUUUAUAUACAGUAAGUCAGGUAGAGUCGCUCAGGAAGGAGUUUGGGAACGUUAGAUCAACAUCUAAUGAUAAAACAAACCAAACAACGUCUGUGUUUCAUCGUCUCAUAUCACCAGAACAUUAGAGAGAAACCCUGCUCGUGUUUUCAGAUCCUUUCUCUGCUGUCAGUUUGAGGAAAUGAAGCCCCGGUCAGAUGUUCAGGAUCAAAGAGGCUGUCAGGCUGCCAGCAGAUACUUGUCGAGGAUUUUUAUGGAGGUUAACAGCUAUGUGUGAUCUCCUCUGUUAGCGAGGAGGGAGGCCGGUUUCUAAAUCUGGAAAGCUUUACACCCGUGGAAGAACUCGCACACUUCAGCUGAUCGGAGGUGGGUUUCCCUCAGGAUCAGGUCAACACAACGAUGUUUGGGAUCACUAAGAGCUCAAAUUAAGUGUCUUAAACUUGGAUUUGUCAGGCCAACACUCGAGGAAUAACCUAAAAAUCUGUCAUCCAGCUAACGACAAAUGACAUUGUGAGGACGCCAAAGUCGAAUCAGUUCACAGAGUUUGACUACAGCAGAUAAAAUCACACUGGAAGCUUCUAGACUCGACUGUAAAAUCAGUGCAGAUGUUUCCAUCAGAGACCUCCCGGGGUUCAGAGGUACUAAAGAUCUGGAGGAUCUCUGCGCACAUUAAACGUAAUCGUUCUGUUGGGAUCAAGGUUUUAAAGAUGAAAACUAACACAUGAAUGUUUGUCUGGGUUGUUUCACAGAGUACGCUUGUUUUAGACAAAGAAACCCUUCCACCCUCUUGAGUUUCUUCUCUCUAAAUUGACAUAUGGGAUUCAUGUAACUGUUAUUCACCACUCCUCAUUGAAAUAUUAUGAAUGACAGCUUGUAAAUCCACUUGAAGUGUUUGUUUUGCCUUUAACUGGUCCUCUGACUCAUCCAACAUCUCCAUCCAGGUCUUUGUCUUCAUCGUUCGUUUAUUUUUCUCCGAUCUUUCGUGUCGAUCUUCCUCCCCCACUUUCUUACGACUGCUAAUCCUCCUCUUCAUGCCUGUCAGAUGGAAAGCCAAGGUCAACACACUCUUCUUCGCCUGAACCCAGAUUCUACCGAUCCUCAUGCUUCUCUUAGUUUGUAUUGACAACCGUAAUCGAGCGUAUCCAGCUACCCCGUCAAAAAUACCCGAUCUACCCGAUGUAUCAAAAAUGAAAACUCCAUUAAAUGUCUCGGCCUCUGUUUUGACCACACCGCUCCAAACACUUGAGAGUCUCGAGGAAUUUUGAGUUAGCGUAACAAAGCCAAUGAGCUUGACCUGGUUUUGGCCUGACAGAUGACGCUAACAGCUGCUGAGUGUUGGAGUUGUCGGAGGACACGGAGGUCGAGGAUUGGGAUGGUUUCCUCCUCGGGGUGAACCUGGAGUUUCAUUUUGACCCAAUUUAGCAGCUAAUUGUCCAAAUCCUCCAGAGACGGUUGGGUAGAAGAAGACCGGUGCGUGAGGAGUUGAUGACCCCGGGGAGUGGGGCACAGCUGCAGGAGUUUGUGAAACGGACGAAUUCGAGGACUUACAGGAACCCUUUAUGAGCACUCCAGAUAAAGUGGCAGUUUUACAGCUCUGAUAUCACCGAAAUGAAGGUCAAUAAACUCCGCUCACUCUUUGGAUGGUGACUGUCAAGUGGCGCCGUUACGGCAACAACAAACGGAACGGGGCUGCAAGUGGACUGGCGGAGAUCCCGCUCUUUAAACCGCAGCAAACAACUCGGAGCGCCGAGCCAAAGCAGAUGGUAUCACUCAGACUCCUCCGCUCCCCCUCUAUAGGAACAGUUUGGAUAAGCUACACGGGUAUCUCCGACGUGAUGAAUGCGAACACGCCAAACCUCCGCCUGCUAUCAAAGCUUUGGCGUCCAUCACUGGAAAAGAAGAAGAAGAAGGAGGGCGAUCUUAAGAGAUUUCUUUAUGACUGGAGAUGGAGAUGAAGAGGUCACGCUGUGAUGUUCUGUUGCAGAUGUCGAUCCUUCAGUUGCACCUCGGUCUGUUCGCCACGGUUACAGCUUUUCUCGCUCUAUUCUUCUUUUUCAUUUGCUUGUCUUGGUCUCUUUCUUCCUCGCUCAGGCAGUCAGCACUUUUCCAUCUCGACAAUCCAGAGCCGUGUCAGACGCCUGAACUUGUUUUGUCGAUUAAGUGGGAAAGAAGCGUUGCCCAGCUCGGCUCCUUUUAACUCAUGAUUGAUUGCUCCUGCCUUUCUUGUUCACAUUAUCUCCUUUCCUCACUCCAGUUCUUUCUCCUUUUCACCUUAUUUCUAAUUCAUCACAUCAUUUUCUAGUCACAGUUGCCGGUUCUUGUUCCCACUUUCUCCAACCUCAAACUGGACCCGGCGGCGGCAGGCUGCCAAGAUCAGACAGACUUUGUUUUUAGUCAGCCAAUGAUUCCUCCGACACUUUGGUCAGAGAGCAGUUUCUACAGCUGGUUAAACACAGCGUGGGCUAAGCCGAAACAACGUGGCGUUUACACGGAGCCCCAUGACAUCUGACCUCUGUGGACGUCCGCCUCUUUUACCACCAGCCUCUCAAUGCUUUAAUUAACUCGAAGAAAGAGUAAGGGAUGAAUCCUUCCAGCUCUCUUUCAACACUUAGUCACAUCAAUUAACAUACCAGGAGUUCCCGAUGGAGAGACAGAUACAGAUUUCACAUUUAAAAAAAACUAUUUCGCUGAUUUGAGACCUUUUAUGGUCGUGUUUACUGCCACUUUUGUGGUUUCAAGUCCCAUUUUUAAGGUUUGUCACUCGACCUUUGGGCAUAAAUACAAUCUGACUUCCAUUCGAGGAUCUUUUUUUAGUGUUUUAUGUCCCUAAGAGGCACUCCAAGUCCUCCUGCUGUGAGUGCUUACUUCUGAAGAUAUUCUUCCAUUGAAUCAGUAUUUGUCAGUUUGGCAUGAUCACUUCUUGUUGACAGUAGCUCUCCUCUCUUUUGUGGCCUUGUCCAGUCUUUUUAAAUGGCAGAAACAUGGAUCUAUAAACUGCAUGUAACUCAAAUAUUUUGCUGAAAAAUGACCUGAGGGUUUUUAAGUGAGAAAUUAAGAAAAAACAUGGCAAAUAUCUACUCUACAAAGGUUGUUCUGUUCCCCCCGCUGGCUGUGCCAAGUUGGUGCUCCGUAUUAAGAUGGACGAUAAGGAUUCAGGGAGCUGGCCGCAGUGUGUGUGUAUUUGUGUGUAUUUGUGUGUGUGUGUGUCAGGUGAAACUCAGGAGGAAUACUUGGCUCCACUGACCUAACCGACUAAACUAUUUGGCCUUUGGCUCUCAGUGGCCUUGGAGCUGCCAGCUUGUUCAGAGACGGAGAAAAAAGACCCUUAUCAGUGACCCCAGACCUGUCCACUGUUGGCUUUUAUGGGCACACUCUUAGAGCUUUUAAUACCCGGUCCAGACCUGAACUGAGGCAGCUCCAAAUCUGCAGGGGCAGUUUGUAUUUCUGCACGACGGAGCCAAGAGGACACCAGAGUUCAUCCGUGUUGUUUCAUAGUUUUAUAAUUUAACCCAACGUCUGAGGAGCAGGAGAGAGAAGUGAGUUUAUUUGUGAGUGAACUGUGUUUGGGAAACGUCCGACCUGCAGCAGAGAAGCUCCAAACACUCGGUCUAUUCAUGUUUAGAGUCGGAGAGUUUUAGAACAGUUAAACAUGGACAUAAAUCAUCACGCUAAGAGCUUACUUACUCAGAGCUGACCUGCAAUGAACCCAUUCCUCCUGGAUGCUACACUUGCACUGUUGUCAUUAGGAAGUCAUUAUAUGCUCCACUUCCACGGUCGGCUGGAGUCACUCAGGGACCUUUAACCCCUUGUGAAACCUACAGCAAUGCUGCCUCCAAGUCUCUGUGCAACUUUAGCAGGUCAGGCGGCUUUAAACUGCUUUUCUUAAAGAUAUGGACUAAGAUGGACAUGCACAGUACUCCAAAUAAAGACCGGUUCAAUUUAUGGCUGGGUCCUUUAUCAUGACUGGCACCUUUAUAUACUUAUAGGAUGUCAGAUUUGGAGCGAUCUACAUCACAUCAUCUCUGCGCUGUUUACUUCAGUUUAUUUUUCUGCUGUCAGCAUCUUGACUCUCUGCUGCUCAGAGCUGCUCUCUUAUCCUGACAGAGCUAGAUUCUAUCUACUUACAGUAUAAAUGCGCUGGAGACGGAAAGAUCUGACUGUCUCCACAGUGCAAGUAAAAUCAUUCGCGCGAAUGAAUUACAUGUUAAGUCAAUGCAAAGACGCGAAUGACACGAAUUGGGCAGGAGCUGAAAAUGUCUCAAUUUGAGCAAAUAUUUGUGUCACGAUAACCAAUCAGCAUGAAGGUUGCCAGGUGACGUAUGAAAACAGACGGUUGUUCACUGGUAUCUAAAAUGGAGGACAAAUUGAUCAUGUCGGCAAGUGAGUGAGGAGGUCGGAUUACCUGGUAAACUGUAAAAAGCCUUUGUCUAUCACUUGAUCCCGUUGGUUGAAUUUGCAGGGAUUACCGUUGAAAUGACCGUUGAUGCGCGAAUGAAACAUGUAAAUACUAUUCAUUCACGCAUCUAGAUUCGCAUGAAUAAAGCGAGUAGAUGAUUUUACUCGUGCGUGGUGAGAGCGCCCCAUUACCAUUUUGUUAUGGAGACAUUUAUGAUGCAUGUGACAAAUUUACGACCAGUUUACCAGCUCAAGAAUGAAAAAAUAAAUAAACUCCCCAGUGUGCAAAAUAGCCCUGCCUCUAUGUGUCUCAUUUUACUGCGUUUUUUACAUUUCUUUGAGAAUCAGACGCUCAUACUUCUCAGUUACAGAUAAUUUAAUAUAAAGGCCUGUCCCCCGCUUCAUUUAAAGGCCUGGUACCUUUGGCAGUAAAAGAGGAUUGAUUGAUUACGACUAACCGCAUCGUCUGUAAAGAGCGUCCAUUUUCAAAGCAGAGAAAAUAGAUCUAAGCGUAGAUUAACACCAUAAGUAAAUGUAUAUAUAUGUUAUGGCUUUCCACUGUAUAUAUUUUCAUACAUUAAACAGACAGUAGUGUGUGAGACCACCGUGUGAGGAGAAGCUGCUUCGCCUCACUUGGAGACAGUCAACUCUCCUCCCUGAGACGAAUGUUGGAUGAGACACAAGAAUGCGCUCUGCUUACCGCUCAGCCCCUUUCACCGCGGUCCAGACCUCACUUUACCUGUCACACAUAAGGCUCCCGUUGUGUGUGUGCAUGUGUAAUUCAGUGUGAGAGGUACACGGAAAGAAAGAGCGUUUUCAAAAGCAGAACUCGGCAAGAUUUCAAUGUCGUAAUAAAAUUAUUGUAACAGUUUCCAACUUGUUUGGUCGCCAUCGGUGUUGGCAGAAAAUCCUUCAGGACAGAAAAAGUUUAACCCAAAAAAGAGGGAAACACAAGGAAGUCAUUUUAGAGAGAGACGAUGGAUGACAGGUCCAGAACUGUCCCUACAAAUCACCAAGAAAGAGAAAGACAAAUCCAGAUCAGGGACUAAUGAGUCCUUAAUCCUGUUGAAGUCCAGCAGUAAAGCUCUCCGGCUUCCAUAACCAAACAAUGAGGGUUGGUGUCACCAUGUUUUAACCCCAUCCAUCCCUCUUAAUCCUGACAGCACAUCUCCGCCUCUCGAGAUACAACUGUUGUCAACUUUUUUCCACUGGAGCUGAAUCAUCAGGCAGCACAUCAGAAGUUAUGGUGCUUCAUGUGAACGUCAGUAACAGCUCAUCCAUGCAUCUCUUUUCUUUAAAUUCACUUAAGCCGGGUUUCCCCCAGGGGCACGUCUCCCCCCGUCACGUCGUCUGCUCUUCAUGGGUGAUCUUGAGGUUUUGCCAGGUCAUAUGGGAUAUAUAAUCCCUCCAUUGUGUUCUCUGGAGGUCUCUUUUCCCCAGAGGACUUUUACAGCUUGUAGGAGUCUCUUUCGUGAACCAUACAGAAAUGCUCUUUUUCCAGGUUUUGGUUUAGUAACAGUAAACUUUAACUCUUUAGUUAGAGUCAAUAAUAUUAAAGGCCCUGUCCGAUUGUUUGCAUAUAUUUGAGUUUUUCGUCUGUAUUUUUGGGAAAACUCAAACUGAGGUUUGGGGGGAUGCUGAUAAUAAAAAUCUGCCUUUGUGCAAACUUCAUCUUUUGUACUUUUGGGACCAACUUCAUCCACCCAUGUCAAUAUUUAUGUAAAGAGGGCUGAGCUUGCUGACCCCAACGACACCACCCUGUCCAAGGAGAACACAGCCCGAUGGAGCAAACCCAACUCCAUCAUUGGCAGUAAAGAGAUAAAAAGCUGAGAUCAUCCCGCUUCUCACUUCUCAAACAGAGCUAACAACAAAGCAUGCAUCUGUACAACAAUAAAUCCUAUCUUCUCACUUCUCUCACUUUUCUUACUCGGUGGUUUUAAUCCUGCAGCUGGCAUCAAUAAGAAUGAGAUAGUGCACAACCUCAUUUUGCUGCAGUGGGUUCAGGGAGUCAUUGUUGGAGCAGAAAAUGUCAGGUUGGCAGCUUUAGUUGAAAUCUUUGAACAGGAACCGAAGAAGGUGGGUCUAAACUGUGAUUUAGUGAUCCAGUUUCAUUCCUAAAGAGCUGCACACAGUUGUUUCACAUGAGACUGGUCAGCAAGUCUGUGCCACUUUUAGUUUUGUCAUUAAAUAGGACAAAAUAAAUCUGUUUUUUUCAGAAAGUGUUCCUGAAUUCUUUAGUUUUGAUACCAGGCGCGGUGGUUUGUCUCCCGCUGUUUGUAACCAGAGCCACUUAGCAUCAGUCACUGAACCCAGCUUAUCGUUUCCUCCCUGCAGGAUCAUGUAUUAUUUAUUCUGGUUUGGCUACUGUGGAAUUUCCCCAAAAACAUCUGAUGUUUUGGAUUCGUUUCCCUCCACUCCACAAAGUAAUUGCACUUUCUUUUAUUUAUUUAUUUUUUCUUCUACCCUGGGAACUAAUUGCUUGCGCUUGAAUAAUCAGCCCCCAGCAUAAUGCUGGACUGGCCACUUUUUUUGUUCCCAGCACUGACAGGAAAUCUGUGAACGGGGUUAACUGGGGACACGGCCAGUGUUUUGGUUGAGUCAGUGUUGGCACUGAGACUGUAGAGCUGUGCGACUGAGCCAAGGGUGCAACAUGUCAUGGAGAACUGAUUGGUGAAUAACAUCAGUGAUUGGUAAUGACAAAUUAAUACAUCAAUAAUGUACUUCUUGGUGUCUUAUGUUUCAUUUCACAUUGCUGGAGCUGCUGAUUUUGCAGCUGUAUCCAGAGUACGUGUAAUAGAAUAAGAUGACUUCAUAGCAGAUCUACUAAACAUCAGCUGAUAAACCUGGCGUGCAAGAAGUGGAAUAAACUCACACAGUUUGAUUAGGAAUCACUCCUAAGUAUAGAUAUCUAUAAGAAAGGCUAGAUGACUCCAGGUGGAGUCACCGGCGUUCCAACACGGCGGCCAUCUUACUUCAGUAGGGGACCAUCAAUAAAUUACCAGUUGUUGUUCUCAGAAAGCCUGUUUCCCUUCAAUAGCUUCAAUAAUAAUACUAAGGUCGGACGAUAAGACACUCCUCUUUAUUUGCCUAAUUUGUCCUCUAAAAAAUGUUUGUGUUAAAUUUAAAGGCAAAUUUUGAAAAUUUUCUUCAAUAGCUUCCAUAUCACGUGACCAAACGACCUUAAAUUAAUUACAAAUAAUAGUACUUAAGUCGACCAAUAGGACAAACAUUAUUUGAUCAAUAGUCAAAAUAAAUAAAUAAAUAAAGGUUUAACAUUUAAACACAUUUAUUUAUGAAUAUGAAAUGUUGUAAAGUCGUUUUCUUGUGAGAAUUCAGUCGUAGUAAAAUAAUAUAAGGAUUGUACCACAACUUCACUGUCAUAAAAAUGACUGUCAUAGUACUUUCUUGUAAGAGUUUCAAUACCGCAAUGGAAAAAUACUCAAUCUCAGGUUAAAGUCCAGCAUUUAAGAUGAAUAGAUUAAUAAAGGUAGUAUUAGUACGUUAUUAGUAGGAAAUCAUGCUGUAACUUCUGUAUAAAAAACAAGAUUUUACUGACAGACUCACUGGCACCUUUUCAGAGUUAGAAAAAGACCAAGUUGAAAAUGGCCUUCAGACGAUAACCUCUUUGUUGUGUGUGGUUGUCAUGCAUACUGAUAGUGGUUGAUGGUGAGUUUGACAUGUGCCGCUGCUGUGUUGAGGAAGCAGAUGGAGGUCAGAGUGACAGUCAGCAGGCAGGAGGACAAGAGGAGGAAGGAGAGCAGCUGGAUGGAGUAGUAAGGAGGUGAGUCAGACAGGAGAUGUCGUACGGUACUUUCCCCAUCUGUUGGUGUGACUGCGUUGAGUUAAUAUCGUCUAUAGAUUGUAAAAGUUAUACCGAACAGUGAGAUACUGAAGAACAUACAUGUGCUGUCGUGGGUUUGUUUUACGUCGUGGAGACAGAGCUGCCCCCUCCCCUCUAUAAUUCACACUCUGAGUUAGAGUACCUGUGGAAACACCCUUGGCUCUGUGCCUCCAGAGAAAAUGAUGGCGUUUGAAACGGCUCACUCAGAUUCCCGUUAACCAUCUGGUUCAUCUCACAAACCGUUGGACUGAAAUCUGUUUCUGUUUUAUGGUGUAAUCAGCUGCACAGUGUUUCGCUGAUGUCCUGUUGCAUUAAGUCAUGUUGGCUUCACUGCGGAAAUCGUCCUUCCACUCUAUGAGGACUGCUGCAGCCAAAUAUCUGCACUCAAUGACAUGAUAGCAGCGGUUAAUACUGUACUUUAUGAUAUGGUUGGAUCUCGUGUGUCGACUUAACUCUCCUGCAAAGGUCACAGUGAACUCGAUCUGGAGGAGCGUACCAUCUCUGCACGUUAAGUGAGCUUCCUGAUGACUCUGACAUUUCACCAACAUGAGCACAGACUCCUUUUGUAUGUCUACUGUACAUUAAAAGCUGCACUGGUUUAACUUCCCACUCUGGAAACCUGACAUGGCAGCUCCAGAUAUCUAUUUGCAUUUCUGAGCGUAUGAAGGCCCUCAUUGUAGCUGUGCAUCCAGGGUGAAUUCGCACCUCUAUUUGGAGGCUGUUAUUUGAGACGGAGAUUCAGAAUUGAAGCUUCUGACACAAAAACAGUGGAGAGCUUUAGUUUAGGGAUACCAUCAGCUGUUUUCAGAGACUGUCUUUGGUAAACCAGGAUUCCUACGAAGGUUGCGAGUCCCGUAAAUAGAUCAGUUAUUCAGCAGAUGCACAUUUUCUUUUGCUGCUUUGCCAACAAAAACCCUUUUACCUCUAAAAUGAUUAUCAACAUCGUCCUGAAAGUCCCUGAUCUGUCAGACCCUCUCUGCAUGACGGUGAUUUAUCUUUUCUUAUCGUGUGGGUAACUCAUCCUCUUAACAGUAGGAAAGACUUUCCCAUACAAAUCAUCCCGAGUGAUUUGUCACCGUGUGUGGCUCUCGAAUGCCUCUGCCGCAGCAGCGAGGUGCUUGCAACACCGUGUAAUCCGUCUUCCCCCCGCCGGGAUCAAUAAAAUUGACGCAAUAUCGACCUCGAGCUGUCUGUUUGGGAUAAAAACGUCGCUUUGAAGCCGCGUCAGAUUGGGGAAAUCUGGUAGCUUGCUGACUUUGAGACCUUCUUCAUGUGUCAGGCUGUUUCCUUCUGUGCACAUGGUUUCUCUUAUCUGAGCAUGACGAUCACAUUCCUCACAUAUGCAGGUGCUACCUCGCUCCUGAAUCAGUCCUCUCUAUUUAAACAUUCCUACGCUUUGGUUAUCACGUCUCAUUCUCAUAUUUUGGAUAUUUUAAGAGUCCGAUUACACCAGACUUUUGAAUCAUUAUUAGGAUAUCGCUUUCUUACCGCAAUAUAAAAAGUUAAAUGUUUUUAUUCAGGCAAAGCCAAACUCUUAGGAGCUUUUAGAAGUUUAACACAAGUGUUAAAAGUGUCUUUGUGCGUCCGUUCAUCGCUGAGCUAAGCGCCCCAACUCUUUGAUCACAGUCGGAGCGUUAACACCUAGAUCUGCUCCCCCUCCUCUGAAUAUCCUCGCUCCACUUCAGCCCCGCGCUGACAGAGCAGCUUUGUGCGAAACAGGAGGCCUGCAGACUCACCUGGUCGCGCGCAGGUUUGUGUGCGUACUCCAGUUAAACACACAGGCUGUGUGGUCUCAGCGAUUUACUCCGAACUUCCUGCUUCUGGUUAAAACACACGGCUGACAUCACCUCUGGGCUGUCGAUCAAACCCUGAAUGAACGGGUGUGAGGUGUCCUGUUUUGUCUGCAGGAGCCCAGAGGGAGAGAUUAAAUCUGCCGCAGCAGAGUGGAGGAGUUCAGUUUUUAUCGUGUGUUUACUUUACUGAUUGAAACACACAGAUCUGAGGAGAAAGUCCAGUUUCUUUAUUCAGUAAAUUUAAGUAUUUUAACCAAUGAUCAUGUUCCUUUAUGGUUCUUAAUUGCUCUCACUCUGGGACCCACAUUUUCCCACGGUCCUAAAGUCACGACCCACUUUUAUAAAAUCCAAACCAGGCAAAUAAAGACUGUAGGGCUGUCACGAUACUAUUUUUUCACUUAUGAUACUGAUAUUGCAGCCUUAAAUAUCGGCCAAUACCGAUACCAAUCCGAUAUCAGCACGCCACGAGUGAUACAUACUUUCAUGACUUAUUUUGUAGUGUGGAAUUUUAGAAAAGGCUGCAUCAAGUGAUAUUACUCAAACAAAAACUGACCCAUUUAUUAUUAACAAACAAAUAGAAGAAUAAAUAGAAAUAAAUUGGGAGGUCUUGAAUAAUAGAUAAUAGAAUGUAAACAGAAUGAAUAUAUCACUCUAACAAUCAGUCAGUCAACUAAACUCCUGACUACCCUGACUACUCCUCCAUCUCCACUUUCUGCAGUCAUGAUGUGGUUUGAACUCCAUAUGUCGGUGGUGAAGCUAACAGCGUUUACUUUCUCCACAUAUGCGGCGGUACACUUUUAACUUCUUUAUGCAUCUGAGGUAAAGUUUUGUCGACAUUGUAGUGGGAUAGGGGUAACAUAACGUGGCUCGAGGUGCUUAAUUAAGCGUUUAAACCCAACAUUACUCACCGCCGACAGGGGCUGGUCACCAAGCACCGUAAACUGAGCGAUCUUCCAUUUCCAGGACCCUGACAUAGUGCGUGCCUUUCAAAAUAAGCUAGUUUUUCAAAAUAAAAGACAUGUCAAACUUCAGAUGCUCAUUAAAUAUCUACUUUUUUGACCAGCUGUUAACGACCCACUUUUGGGUCAGGACCCACCAGUUGAGAACCGUUGAUGUAAAGCACACAGGGAGUUAAUCAUCAUUAGGAGCCAGCUCGUACUCUCAGUGAGUCCAGAGUUUUGACUCAUUACUGAAGUUGCGUUGCUGCGCCUUGAGAAUAAUGUGCACAUGUGUUGAUUAGGAAAGUCCCUGGAGUUCUUGUUUCAGCAGAUUUCAUUUCACACCACUCAUGACAUAACCGACACAGUGACCUCUUUACCUUUACACACUGCUGUUGGAGUGUCCUGGACGUUACCCAAAGCAGUGAAAGCCCCCCACUCAUUCAUGCCAACUUCUGCACUUUUGUGAGCGAUGUCCAAUUUGACGUGGUCGCGCGAAUAAUCUGCUCAUCUGAUGUCUACGAGGCGUUUGACCUUCUGGCUGCUCCAAGUCGACGUUUUGGAACCGGCUUCACAUGGCGUUUGUUUACAUCUGCAGUGAGAGCGAGGGGCAGUCUCAUUAUAAUGGUGUGUUUCUUCAUUGGCCCACUUUACAGAGUCACAAAGUAAACAUUCAAAGACCCAAAUAGAAGUUGCAAAAUAUCAUUUUAUUGUCUGAAUUAAAACAAAGCAAACGAGCUACAGGUGUGAGAGCGCCCGGAGAUUUAUCUGCUCUCAUCAAAACAGCCAGUAAACAUAAUCAGACUCACAUGACGUUAAGAUGGGUUCAUGUGUUUGUCAAAAACAAGUUGUAGUUGUUGCCUGGUGAUGCGAUUUGUAGCAGGUGCAUUCCCAUGAUGAUGCACAUCUUCACAUCUUCCAUGUUUCAGACUGAGCUGGUAAGACGGUGCGUUUCAUGCAAGUGAAGAACAGCGAAUCUUGAACCGAUUUGUCGUCUUGAUUCGAUUAUAGUCCCGGUUAUUUACUCGUGUUGUGACAUCCAUGUUUUUGACACAUGUGCUGUUAAACAAGUGAGAAUCUCAGAAUCAGUUAGGCCGACAUAUUUUAGGUUACAAAAGGCUAAAAAUGAUCCCACAGUCGGAGAAUCAUGAGAGAGAGAGAGCAGCGUGUUUGUAAGAUGUGGUGUGACCGCUGCCACAGAGGCUCUUCUGUGUGUAACUCUGAGGUUUUAAAUCCAAACACUCGGAUAAAGUUUGGAUGGAUUUGUUCUGGAUUCUUAGAGUUGUGUGAAUAUUUGUAAGAGCUGGAUCAGGACCACGCUGAGGUGCAGUUCCUAUCUGAGGAUCUGUGAUGUGGACUCACUGAUGAUCGUGGCUGAUUAGAUUCCAGUUACUCGGCCUCUUAUUAGAUGUGACAGCUCAUUACUGGACUACUGUGGACUGACUGACAGCUGAGGGACUCGGGCCAGCACCCUUCAGAGAGAUCCAAAUACUGUGUCUAUCAUCACCACACUAUUAUGACCUUUCUUAUUUUCUUUUUCCCUCAGUUGGAGCCCCAAUAAUCUAUCUUUACUUCUUGGCUAAGACUGAGUAAAACAGCUCACAUUCACUUGAACGCACUGAUAUAUACCAUACGUUAGUCCUCUGAAAGAACAACUGAUUCUAUUUGACAAGAGCCCAUGGUCCCUAUAAUACAUUUAAAAUAUGAAAAAUAACAUUUUCUGUCAGGAACUGGACUUAAAUGUGAAGUUCAUGUUCAGUGCAGUAUGUGUGAACCAGAGGCAACCAGCCUGGAUGCAUAUGGAGUCUGUAGGGUUAGUAUGGAAAAGAUGUGUUAUUCCACAGUCAGGGAGAGCUACAGGCUUUAUGAUACACUGGUAUGAAGCUUGACGUGGCAGAGGGUUCUUAACUUGUCAGGGGCAGAUUUAAAGGGGCAGUCAGUGGUGGAUGGCCCCUCUUUAAAUCCAGACACACAAAGAUUAAUCCAUUAAAGGAUAUUCUGGCGUAAAAUUAAGUUUGGGUCAAACACACCAUAACACCAAGUUUAGCAGCUGCUUGAUUGUACAGAGACCUCAGGCCAGUGCAUUAAGGACUACAGCGGGGUGCCACAGCUCAAGGAAGAACAUUCAUGAUCAUUUCUUUAUCAUUUCCUUGAAGUUAUAAUCAUCAUAUUAAUCAUGUUGCACUGCAGACACGGUUGUUUUUCUGCCUCAGCGUCUCGGUCUGAUUGUAUUUCCAUGAAGAAAUGAUCAUAAAUGUUCUUCCUUGAGCUGCGACACCCCGCUGUAGUCCGUAAUGCUAAAUGAGUCAAAGUUAAAAAGAUGUUUGGUGUCUAGUACUAUGUCUGUGACCCUAUAUGUCCUGUUGAUGAAGUUAGGUGCUGUUCUGAGCAUUAUUUGUGGCUAUAGAGUGGCGUUUUGGUUGGGGGCGUGGCUCUCUGUAUUUCUAUCCUGCGGUCGUUACUAAAGUUGGUAUAACUAGAGAAGCAAGCGGUCAGCAACAUUCAUCUCUGGAGGGGGGGUCUAACUCGGUGUUACGGUGUGUUUGACCCUAAAUUAAUUUUACGCCAGAAUAUCCCUUUAAUUAAGUAUCAACAUUGCUUGAAAAUGCUAAUUCAAUCUUCUUUAAAGUUGUGAUUAUGAAAGCGUGCAUAUUAAGUGCACUCUCUGCUCUGGACCAUCUGGAUUUUGCUGUAACUUUUGCUUCACUCAGGGACUUUCUCAGUCAGACACACACACACACACACACACACACACACACACACACACACACACUCUGUAAACACACUGACCCAUUUAAGACAGCAGCCCUGCAGAGCGGAGGCAGCAGCCGUGUUUGGAUCGACUGUUACUCGUUUGGAAGAAAAAGAGCAGUCAUGCAAACACUAGAUACCAUGUAAACAGAAACACUGACAAACAGCCUGUUUCCCUCCACCUGCUCUUACACCACCUGAGUCAUGAUGCUGUCAUUCUCAUUACAACACCAUCUGUUGAAGCUGCUGUUGGUGAGAACUACUACCUUUGCAGACCUUAGUGUCAUUUAUGGAUGAUGUCCUCUAACUCAUUAUCAGGUGCUAGACUUGACAUAAAAGUAAAAGUACUAGAGUAAAUAGUAAGUUUUUGCUACCGUUUUCACCCCAAACCUAGCCAAACUUUAUCCAAUCCAACAUGGAUUUGAGUACCCCAGUUUAGAUCAGGGUUAUAACUUUUCUGUUUUCUGUUUUCUGAUUUUUGUAAACUGGGAUAACCUCUUUUUCUCCAGAAACCUGAUUCUACUAACUGUUUCUGAGAGCUACUGGCUCCUGGCUCAGGCUCAGCCUCGGCCAAACAACAUUUCAACAAAACCAAGACGAUGGCGACAAUGAAAGUUUCUUAAUCCUGGAGAUUUUAGCUGACAGUAAUGAAAAAAUGAACCGUAACGUUUAGUUGGAAAUGUUGACCUGUUUCAGGACUCUGGUUUCCCAACAUGAACAGUGGAGCAAGUCAGGUCACGCUGUACUGAGGAAAUCUUGUUUGGCGGCCAAACGUCAGAGCGAAAACGUGGCACUGAUGCUGCAUCUUUGAAAAUGUGACAAAAUCUUGGACGAGACGCUUUGGCGCCAUCCGCUGGCGACAACAGAGGGUUACUGAGGGCUUGUUUGGUAUGUGGUUCAUCAGUUUGGUUUCUAAGGGCGCGUUCACACCACCCUCGUUUAGUUCAGUUGAACUGAACCCCGGAGCGUUUACCCCCUUGGUGCACCCCUUCAUUUGGGACGGUGUCAACGCUGACCUCAAACUCUGGUGCGGACCAAAUAAAUGAACUCUGGUCCGCCUGAAGAGGUGGUCUCGGACAGCUAUCAAUCACUGGAAAUCACACGUCAUUAAUGCCUGUUGCCGUCUCGUCUUUAUCCAUCUGUUGUUUGCAGCACAUCUACUCUGGAAUGUAUUGAUAAAUGCCGCAGUUGGCGCCCGCUGGCUAACGAGCCGUUCAUACGCGCGAUCGACUAGCAUCUUUUGAUGUGCGCUCCAGAUGAGUAGCAAAAGCAAAAUCAGCCUACGAUACUCCAUGCCAGGUGAAGACAUCAAAGGGGUUUGUAUUCCCGCAUAAGCUAAGGACCAAGCAAUAACCGAACGAUAUUUGCGGUCACGUGACUUUCGGUUCCGUUUUCUGGAGCGAUUGAGUUUGUUCUUUGUGAACACAAACCGGGCCAGUUAAACGAUCAAAACAAAUGUAUCGUCUCGCCUUGGAUUUGAAUCAGGAAACUGACCUUUAGUUGUGAGCGCGACCUCCAACCUCCAACUUACUGUUCUGGCACAACGGUAGGUUUGUAAACGGCGUUGAACAGCGGGUCUUGAUGGUGUUUCUGUUGGUUUUUGGGUCGCCCUCUUAUGGACACCCAAUUUCUAAUGGCUCCAUUUUCAGUUUUCUUCUCUAACAUGAUAAAUGAGUGUUUGUGUAAUCUUUUUCUGUUGAACUACAAAUCAAACUUAUCUGCUGGUGUUGUCAAACAUCUUCCCAAGACAGGGGAGUUCCUCCAACAAAAGCCAACGUUAUUCCUCCUGGACGUCAAAAUUAAAUCACUUGGCAGGAUCUUGCGUUUCCUUUAAACACCUUGAAGUUAUUACUUCUUUUUACAGAACUUGCACUGUAUCUCCAGAGCCUCCUUCUUCGCUCUCUUUCUCUUGCCUCGUUCCAGAGCAGGUGCUGUGAGACUCGGCCAAGUCCGAUUACACGGAGCGGUCCCACCCUGACCCAAAUAACCCACAACUUUCUCACAGCUGACUAUGACUUCGAUGUGGAUAUUUCACAUUUUCACCAGAAUCAUCAAACCUGGGGUUGGGUUGAUGCAUGACACGGGACAGACACAGAGCCUGUUGCAUCAUGGGAACUUAAGAGAGUUCAUCGAGUGUGUUUAAGUAUCUAUGGUGAUCCGUUCAGCUGUGCAGUCUUUGACCCGGUGGGCGAACAUCUGCGGUGAAGUCACUUUGAGGCAAAAAGGAGCAAAGCGACAGGCUGAGCUGCGGGAUUGUUGGCAGGACUCGAACACUGAUAGUGUAAAGAGAAAAAGAACAAACUCUGAGUCUGUUCUGUUUCUGCUGCCAGAAAACCAAUCAGAAAGUUCUGCUUUUAGGUUUCCCUGGAAUCAGAAAUGGGUCAGAGAGAAGUGGGGAAAAAAUUCUAGUGUAACUUACUUAGAUUUCACUCCAUCAGCUUAAUAAGAGUCAGCACAAGUCAAGCCAAACAUCAGGAAGUAUUUACACUUUCUUCUCAUUUGUAAAGCCUGAUAUGAAACCACUUCUUUCUCAUUAAGAGAGUGAAAACGAGGGUUUGGUUGGUAAAAUCAUCUUCCAUGAGAGUUUGGUUCUUUUAGAGUCAUGAAGUUCAAUCAGAUCCAGAUUCUGGCUCUGGUUAAAAAUACCAAACAGAGCUUACACUUGUCUUUGUGAACAAUUUCAGAAACUGCCUGCCUUGCAUGUUAGUGUGAUCGAGGAAAACUGAGCUGUUAGAAACACGAGCCAGCGCGGACGGUCAAAGCCAGCUUGGCUGUAAUGUUUCAGGGACUCGGUGCCAGUUUUGACCUUAUCUCAAUUUCUGCGGAUUACAUUCGUUCUGCUUAAUAAGCCUGAAUUUAUUGGGCGGGUUAAUCUUGGUGAAGCUGAAAAAUCUGUUGUUCUUCCUGGACCACGAGGUGGAGGCUGAUGGAAGCUGAUUCAGUUUCAAACGGCAGAAAAGGAAAUCCAAAAUCACAAGUACGGAGGAUGUUGGGGAUAUUGACACAGAUGGGGGGGCUUUUCUGUAAGUAUGUGGAGGCAGAAAGCUUGUGUCUCAGACCUACGGUGCCCAGAAUAAAGUCAGUACACCACCUAUUAAAAUUAAUUACUCAAUAUCUCAAUGAGCAAAAGUACAAUUUCUAAAGUUUUGACAAAGCUGAGUUUAACAUUUUAUCUACCAUAAGAUGAAAAUAAAGGUGAUAUGGUAACUAAGAUUUAGUUUUGCUCACAGAACUUUGAUUGAUUUGACUGAUUUUAAAUUGAAAAAUAUACUUUUUUUGUAUGGCCUACAUUUGGGGGAGUAUUUUGUCAUAUAGUCUUACAGAAAAUGUUGAUUUUGAAAGGAAACUUAAGGUUUUCUGACAACUCUGAAGGGGUGAACUCUAGGGCCCGACCGAUUUAUCGGCGAGCCGAUUAAAUUGGCCGAUUUUAGCCUGUUUGAGACUAAUCAGUAAUCGGCCAAAACUCAACGAUUUUCGCUGAUAUAUUUUUAGAAAUCAAAUGUGGAGAAUAAAAUUCGGUUUCACUUCGAAAAUGUUCUGCCAUUUGAAAAGUUCCCCGACUUAUCCUGUAGAUGGCGUAGUUGAAAACGCUUUUCUAGUCCGAGGUUUGAUCAGUCGGUCUUCCUGUCGGCGUGAAGAGCAGUAGCCUACAAUAGAUCUACAGUAUAUAGUAUACUGUUGAUAUCGACAGUAUAUAUAUAUUUUAUAACUCAAUAAAACAUUUUAAAAAUCAGCCAAUUAAUCGGUAAUCAGAUUUCUUCCCCCCAAUAAUCGGCAUCGGCCCUAAAAAAUCUAUAUCGGUCGGGCCCUAGUGUACUCAUCUAUGCUGAGCACUGUAGCUGGAAUAUAUGACGCUGAUGUUUUCUUAAUAAUGUGAGAACUACACAAAACACUAAAACUGAGUUUAGUGCUAGUUCAGGCAGGCCAUGAGGUUGUUCUUGAUGUCGGCUUGUAUCAGCUGACAGUUCAGCUGUUGUCUGCUCUUUUCUGUACUGUGAGGGUCUGUGCUGAUAAAGCUCUCUCUCUUUUCCUCAGAUGUAAUCGUAGGAGGUUCUUAAAACAGAGUCAGUGCAUCAGAUGGAAGUUUUUGGAUUCGAGUAGUUCUUUAUGUUUGACUGAAAUUGGUUCUCACAUAGUUUAACGUUAGUUUAAAUAUCUCCAGAGAUCUCACACUGAGGAUGUGGAGUCUAUAAGCGGUUAUAUCUGUAAUUUAAACAGAGAAACAAACUCCAGCUCAGUCUCAGUCACAGCCUGCUGUUCAGACUUGUUGCACAUCUCUGUUAUUUUUUAAUUGCUGAAGUCUGUCGGGGGUUUCAAUCCAAUUAAUGCAUGGAGGGAAAAAGUGCGGCCCUGUCUCUGCAGGGAGCCGUACUGACCACACACAGACACACACUGCUCUCACUGGAGUCUAUAAGUUUACACUGUCUCUCUCUCUCUCUCUCACACUCUCUCACACACACACACACAUGCCAUGCAGUAAGCCUAAUUAACAGGAGCUGCCACUGCGCUGCACGUGUGUAUUAGUCUAACCUAAUGCCUUCCAGAUGCCCAGCCUCUCCGUACCCCGCUGCUGCCCGUUCGCUCGCAGUGAACAGACGAUUGUUUCCAGGGGUCUGUCCGCUAAGGAGAACCAGGUGUGGAGGGGGCUGUGAGUGUUGUUGGAGGACACUCAGAAGUACCUAAAGAGACACUCUGUGACUCUGAAAUUCAGGAUAAAAGAAAGGGAGGAGACAACCCUGAAUUAACGGCACGGUCAAGAGGUGGACAGAGUUUCUGUUCUGAUGGUUUUAUCAUGUUUAAAAAACCAUUAAAGACACAAAACUGACAUUUGAGACUAAAUCUUUGGGACAUUUGUUCACUUACAUAGUCGCCAAGAGGUGUAUCUUUCUUUUUCUGAUCGGUAGAGUCGCCCCCUGACAGCUAUUUUAACAAAUUCCCGUAAUAGUUUUACUGUUGAAACCAAAGGCGACAAAAACUCACAAAGUUUAUUUCAUAUCUGCUGAACUCUGAAAGACAAAUAACAGAGUUCAGGAUGAAACUGACUUUACAAACUAACAGUCAAAUGAAAAUAAAUGUCUGAAAGUUGAAUCUGAAACGACUCCACACUGUCUCAGGAUAACACACCAACUGACCCGCAGCUGGACCCGCUCCAGCGCCGGGAUUCCUCUCUAUGGAUUGUGUACCCUGUCAGCUUCAAGUACACAUCAAGUACAGCUUCAAGUGCGCGCGGCGUGUUACACGUGGCGGCCUCGGUUAUGUUUUGUCUGGACAUAGAAACCACCCGUUGUGUAUCCACAGGAACACGGGCCGAUGUUUUAGAAAAAAGAGGAGAAAAAUGUGCCGAAGGGGUCGGCGAGCGGAGUUUCUUUUGGAGGUUUGAACACAGACGCACAGAUGUUCUGUAAAGUUAAGACGUUAAAGUUUGAUGAGAUGUAACCAUCACAUCAUUGGAUCAGAUUUACUCAGCGAGUUUCAUGCAGAGGACGUGUCGUAGAAGGUCUGAUGGUCUGAUUCAUGUGCAGAAAUGAUGAUUUUAGGGGCGUUUGGACCUUCGGACUUGGAGUUUUUUUAUAUUUUUGAUUUUGGGCCCUAAACAUGUUAUGAUAUGUUACAUUUCUAUAUAUAUUUAUGAAAAAAGGAACCGUAACUUCAGUUUUAUUUCAAGAUUUACUCUGCAGUGAUCAUUAAGUAGGUAAAUAUGCUCUUCUUUAGAGUCAUUUAAAGGGGGUUAAGUGGUCUCAUGGGGGUUUCUGUUCACUCCCUGCAUGUUCAGAGUGUCAGACAUGACUAACAUGAAGAAUUAUUUGCAAAAUAAUCUGAAAGAAGAAGAAGACGUGGCGUCCUGCACCAUGAAGUUUGAUGUAAACAUGGCGUCUCUGUUUGAUGACUUACAAAGCCGAGUUUAUUUGACUCUCUGAACAGUUGUUCUCUCCGCUGCACUCGUGGUCGUCUGCUUUAUUUGUUUUCUUCCCCUCCGCUCUGACAUGGUUUCCACCGCUGUGUUUGCUUUCUUCCAGAUCGCGGCUCCUCGUCAUCCCUGGACCUGACGGAGCUGAUCGGCGUUCCCUUCCCCCCCUCCAUCUCCUUCGUCACAGGAUUCGAAGGUUUUCCCGCCUACAGCUUCGGCCCGGAGGCCAACGUCGGCCGCCUCACCAGAUCCUUCAUUUCCGACCCGUUCUACAAUGACUUCGCCAUCGUGGUCACGGCUAAACCCGCCACACGAAAGGGUGGAGCGCUCUUCGCCGUCACAGAUAUGUACCAGAAGAUUGUGCACCUGGGGGUGGCGCUGUCUGAGGUGGAGGAUGGUUCCCAGAGAGUGGUCCUGUACUACACCGAGCAGGGAGCGAGUGGGACUCAGGAGGCGGCGUCCUUUAAGAUGGGAGACAUGACGGGGAGAUGGGUGCGGUUCACUCUGACAGUGCAGGGGGCGGAGGUGAGUCUGAAGAGUUCGAUUUAAGAGAGUGACAAAGGCGUUUCCUGUCUAGAGGUUUGACGUCUGUGUCUGUGUCUCUCAGGUGCGCCUCUUCAUGGACUGUGAGGAAUAUCACCGGGUCGACUUCCUCAGGAGCCCCCAGCCUCUUACGUUCGGCGCCACAUCCGCCACCUUCGUGGGGAGCGCGGGGGCGACGGGCCUGCCCAAGUUUGUGGUGAGUCUGACCGACACCGCUUCAGGAUGGUCUAGUUUGUGCGCCGCCUCUCUCUGUAGAUAAUCCCUCGUCCCUCAUGAUGUCAGAGGGUUUGGAGGGAAGAGUCGACAGCAGAUGUCAAAUCCGCUUCUCGCCGCGGAAACAAACGUGGCGUUUGGGCGUCUGCCUGUUUUACAUUUGACACAUGAACACAAUCGUCUUUGUUGGCAGCUUAGCGGCUGCCACAGGAGACGAGGAAUGAAUGACCACAUGUGUUUGUGAGCGCCGCUUCAUCCUGUGAGAGCUUAUAAACGACAAGCUGUAUGUGAUUUACAUAUUUUGGGAUAUAGCGGAUCUCUCGUCUUGAAUGACUUACAGUGAGCGCAGCCGUCGAUGCAAACGCCAAGUCUGUAAUUAAAAGGAGCAGCAGACUCAAACAAGAGUCAAGACUCCGAUCUCAGGCAGUUACAGAGAAAAUCCCCUCAGUGUGGUGAGAAAACGGAGAAUCAAAUCCAGGAGACGAGGUAGGAACACAUGCUCUCUGUGAUCCUGUAAAAGAAAACAAACCAGCAAACGCCGCGACGCCUCCCCGCCAAUCAGCCAAGAUUUGCUGUUUAGUGAUCACGAGGAAAAGGCGAGUUUGUCCCGGUGUAACACGCUGAGAAGAGAAGAGCUCAGGAAACAGAUUUCUUGGCUUCGAUAAGCUCUGAGUUAAAUCUGAAUCCGCUCCAAAGUGUCCUCAGAAUAUGAACAUUUAACGAGAUAAGAGCCAAAACAUACAAUAAAGCACGCCAGACGGAGUCCUCCGAAUAAAUCAACUCACAGUCGGUGGCUCAGCGUGGAAAAGAUUGACCUUUAACCUUCAAAACAAAAGCCAUACCUUCUCCACGCUGGGUUUGUCGUCCUCCUCGUCUCUGAUUUAAAGUCUUGUAAGGUCAAGAGCGGGACAAAGUAAAAGAUGUCUCUGUGAGUGGAGAGACAGUCUUUUGUCCACGCGGCUCUUUUCCUCUCAUUAAGAUUUUAUUGGAGAAAUCGGAGCAGAGUCACGAAGAGACGGUCGGGGAGGAAAGAGUGUUUUCUCAGGAGUUUGGAGCCUGUUUGGUCGCUGUGAGGGUUUUUCUUUUCACAUGUCUGAUGGCAGUUUUUAAUCUAUAAAGAGCUGAGAAUAAAACUUUGACUCUCUAAUGUUUCAGACGUGACUGUUUUAGAGUAAUAACUAUACGUUUCUUUAAUAUUUCUCUGGAUAAUGUCAUUUAUUCUGAGGACAGUUAGUCAUUGUAAAUAGUGGAGGUCAUUUACUGACAUGAUAGUGUCGUAUUGGGGUUGACGAGGACAGUAAAGCAACAGGAAGUAAUUUCCCCCAUGAUAUUACAUUUAAAUUAACCGUUCUCUUAAUGAGGAUAAAAAUACUAUCGAUUGGGACUGUGCCAAAGAGGAAUGGGAAACAAAAUCUAUGCAGUAUAAUGUCUGGGUGUCGAUUCACAGAAGCUUUAUACCAAAUUUUAAAAAUAUGUUGAUUACAGAUUUGAAAUUAGUUUUUGGUAAUGAACACACAGACAGGAUUUUAAAGUUUCAGCUGUUUUGAAAGAUAAAUGAGUUUCUGGCACAUUUGAAAGAUCUCAAACAGUCAGUCCAGGUUCAUAAAGUCAGUCCAGGUCCCCACAGUAAGACCGGGUCCUCAAGGUCAGUCUAGGCUCACAUCCAGGUCCACACAGUCAGGUCGUUUACAUGCACAGUUUAAUUGGAUUAAGCUCAUAAUUUGUUUUUUCACCAAAUCAGACUUCUCUCCUUGUCCUCGUAAACAUGCAGCUGAGAGAACUGAAUUAUUGACGUGAACGUGUCCUCCUCCCCAAAGCUAGGGGGCGAUACAUACAACCUUCAACAACAACAACAACAACAGCAGGUCGGUGUCAGACGUCAGAAGUGUCUACAACUGCUGCUGGACAUUUUGGAGAAACAAGAAGAUGGAGCAUCGUACAGCGUUGUUUUUGUCCGACAUGAUGGACGCGCUACUUUUUCUGAAGAUGAGACUAAUGCUACUCCUCUACUCUGGAAGAGAGAAAAUCGAAUUCCAAUCACAUUAUCUGGGUGUCUUCAUCGGAGUUCAACGACUCCAAUUGGAGUUGUCCAGUCUUAAUCGGAGUAAGGCGAUAAUUCGGUUUUCUCGAGUGUCAUGUAAACGUACUGACUGAGUCUAGAAACAGACAUGUGUAUUAAAGAGGGCUUGACUUUGUCCUGACUUGAACUUUUCCCGGGGACUUGUUUGUACUUUGACUCGAAUAAUGAGGACUCAGGACUUCACACGGACUUUAACUCUGCUGCAGACAGAAGACAGAGGAUUACAUAGAAAUCGGUUGUAGCGGCUGAAUAAAGGAGAAGGUCUGAGUUGGAGGUCGUCAGUAAAAGCCCAGAGACAUAAACAGAUGGGUCCAGGCUCGAGGCUGAGACAGAAUCAGCUGACUGUUCAGUAAAAGGUUCGCGUUUAUCAUCAUGUCCCUGUUCUAGAGUUUAUCUGCUGAAUCAGUCCGUCUCCUCUCUUCUACUCGACCCCCCACAGACCCGCUUCAGCGUCUUCUCCCAGAUCUUUCGCCAGUGUCCUCCAUCUUCUCCACGACUCCCUUUUCCUCCUCUGUGCAGUCCUCCCCUCUCCUCCCCUCUCCUCCCCUCUCCUCUCCUCCCUCACAGACAGGGAGAACCAGCAGUGACCGUCUGUUUCCAGCUGCUCACUGUUUGAACUGGCUGCUUCAUCACAGAUCCUCUAUCUCUUCUCAAGGAGAGCGACAGCAGCCGCACAGCAGCGGAACACGCAUACACAGCUUCACGUAGAGAUAGAUACACUAGAACUCUCUCCUCUGAACCUUAUUAAGUUUUUUAACUCCCUCCUGAAAAAGCAGAUUCAGUUUUUCAUCCCCCCUGAGCAGACAGAUGUCUUUAGUUAAAAACACAACUUUUUAAACCUGAAGGAGUCGGAUUAUUCUGCUCAGAGCUGCAGCGUUUGCUCUCUGUUUCGGCUGUCAGGAAAAUAAUUCACUCAAGAGCUUCAAUUCAGAUCAAACUGUAAAAAUAUUCAGAGGUUUGUGAUUGCUGGGUGAAAUGUUUACAUGAUAAAAAGAGUGGGUAUCUAAUCCUUUCAGAGCUCAGUUCUCGUUUUAAUCAGAUAAAGUAGACGGCGUGUUUUCAUCUCUUCAGUGCGUCACCGUUUCUUUAUGAAUUCAGUGAAGGGAGGCUGACCUUGCUGCAGCGGGGAUGGCAUUGAAAUUGUUCUUGCAGUACGCUCACACACUUGGCCCGCUGCAGAUAAAGUUACCUCCUCCCUGUUGCUUUGGCAACAACACUUUCCCCCAACAUGGUGACUGCCAGGAGCUGAAGACACAGAACAGCUCCAUACAAGUACCGAACCCUUUUCCCUCACCAGCACUUCUUCAGAGGAGACGAAGAUCUACCAGAGUACCAGUCUGUGACGGAGACUCUGCAUUCAUGUCCAAUAAUAUCAUCAGAUGCUUUUUACUUAUGAUGCAUCACAGGAACUUCUUGUCCUCAAAGGUCGCUGUUGUUUCACUGAAGGUAGCGUUCAGUGAAGAAUCCCAUUCCCAACCAAGUCCUACUGCUUAAAUUUACAGUUUAUUAUCCUCAAAAAAGGGUCAGUUCCAUACAGGACUAAUAUAUGUAAGCUGGCUGCUCUAAAAUCAGACUACCACAGGUCUAAAAAUGAAACUUUUCAGAUGUCUAAAUUUAGACCGAGUUUAGACUGGCCAGCUAACAGAGGUCUACCAGUAUAUCGCUCAACGGCUAUCAUAAUUAUUUUGGUUAAAUACUUGGAGAUCAGUUAUGAAACUCACAGUUGCUUUUUGAAAUAAAUAGUUAUCAAAUAGUGGGUAAAAGUGUCUAAAUUCCGUCUACAGAUAUACAGAAUCUAGACGGUUGAAAUUAGGUCUAAAACAGAACUAGACGUCUAAUAGCUGUCUAUUGCUCAGUGGGGAGAUGAUCAUGUACUAGUUUUACAAGGAUGAUAUAGGGCUGAGCAAUAAAGUUCAUAUUCAUUGUGGUAUGUGUGCACCAGAAGCAACCAGCUUGGACACAUCUGGAGUCUGUAGGGACACUGCAGAGAAAAAUGUGUCAUGCCUAGGGCUCGGAAAUAAACGAAAAUUUACCGAUACCAAAAUUCACGACGAUAACCGACGUCAUUUUGCCCACAUCAAUAUAUUCAGUGUCAAAUAAAUAAAUAAAUCAAAGUUGUUUUUGGAUGUGUGUAGGUAGGCUAUGGUCUCAUGUCCCUUUAAGACGCUGUCCUACAUCAGAGACGUGACUCCACCCCAUCCAGUCUGUAACAAAGAGGGAAAGACAGGUGAGGAGAUGGAGGACGGUUCAAAAGUUGGAGCGGCUGAAGUAGACGAAGUUAAUGUGGGAGGGGGUGAGCAGGUUGUGGAGGAGUUAUCGUCCAUUUUCCGUUAUCGAGGUGAACUGAUCAAUAUAUCGUGAUAUUGAUUUGAGGCCAUAUCGCCCAGCCCUAGGAUAACAGCAGCUUUUCUGUUCCUGAUUUUUGUUAUUAAAUUGGAAAGAAAAGGUGAAAGUAAAAGGUUAAAAAAUAUGAAAUCUGCCAUAAAAAUCCAGAUUAAAACUUCUGUGAUCAUGUGCGUAAAUCUGAAUAUGUUUUUGAUUUCAGACUGACACAUUUAUAUCUACACACAGUUAUUUCUCCACCACAAACCCGCUCUGUUUCACUGUUUACAUUCAUAUGAUUGAAUGUUUUUACAGUCUGACCAGUUUUGUCACAUUUCCCUCCUCUUUACGGGGGAUUCACCGUCGAACUCCCUGGAUGUCGUGGAAAAGUUGACGCGGUUCGUACUUUGUUUACUUCAGAUGUGUUGUUUACGGCACAAACAGAUGUCUCUGAUUCGGUUGCCUCUCCUCCUCCUCCUCCUCCGUCUCUGUUUAUCACUCCUUACACACUAUUAAAUCUCAGAGACCGUUCUUCAUGAUAUCAGAAACAGGUGUUUGUUCUCCAGCUAAAACUCAAUACUAAUAAACGUGGCUGAGACUGAACCGGUUUAACAAGACAAGGAAACUGACUCUCAGAUCCUUUAGAGAGGCAUAUAUGUAAAAAACAGGGAUAACAGAUGUGUGUAAGUCACACUCUUGGCUAAAGUCUGAUUAGAAACAUUUGCAGAGUAAUAUUUAUGUGAUUCCUCUCUACUCAAAAAAAGCAUCACUUCCUGAAAUAUGUUUCAGUUUCAGGGUCAAACUAGAACGCUAAGAUCCGAUCAGACCACUUCAAGAACUCUAACAAUAAAUAUAAACAAUGAAGAGCUUUAUUUCUGCUCUGUCUCAUGUUUUAUUGGGAGUUUGACGUGCGCUGUUACUGGCAUCUGAACUGGAGUGGAACAAAAGGGGAUGGUUUUAAAGCAGAGCAGAUGGAAAGAGUGAUGAAUUGUAGAAAAAUAGAAUUAUUAGAGAACAACUGGAAAAAGUGGAGGUGCUUUAUCUCAGACAUCACUCUGUCAGUGACUUUCUUUCAAUAAAUCAAAGAAUAAUUGAUCACAAAUCUGUCUGAAUGAAACUUUAUCGCCUGUUCUUGGUAAACCAAAGAAAGUUUUGAUCUCUCUCCAACACUGGAUAUUAAAACCAUCGGGCUGUGCAUGUUUACGCCUUCAAAAGGUGACAUUCAUCUAGGGCUGGAUGAUAAAACGAAAAUUUACCGAUACAGAAAUUUACAAUGAUAACCGACGUCAUUUUGCCAAUAUCGGUAUAUUUGAUGUCAAAAGAAUCAAUAAAUCAAUAAAGUUGGUUUUGGAUGUGUGUAGGUAGGCUAUGGUCUCAUGUCCCUUUAAGACACUGUCCUACGUCUUAAAGGGACGUCUUGUAGCGACUGAAGUAGACGAAGUUAAUGUGGGAGGGGGUGAGCAGCUUGUGGAGUAGUUAACGUCUAUUUAUCAAUAUCAAGGUGAACUGAUCAAUAUAUCGUAGUGAUUGAUUUAAGGCCAUAUCGCCCAGCCCUACAUUCAUCCCUCGUAAGAAUUGGUAAACCAAACAACCACCUUGACGUCCCUGUUGAAGUGCUUAAAACUGCAGUUCCUCAGUUGUCCACUUGAGGCUGUCUUCUAAAUCUCUGGAGCCACAAACACCAAACUCUGCAGCAAAAAUAAACAUGUUCACAAAAUACUGUUGUGAGUCAGUGUGGAGGCUAAAAUUUUAACCCUUACGCCAGAAUUAGAUUAAAGUCAAAAUUUGGAAACGCUGUCAGCAGGAAAUCAGAAACCAGUGGGUGAGAAUACGUCCAAGUUUUACAGCUGAGCGUAUCAAAAGAAAAAAAAGGAUGCUACCUGUCACAAAACUCAGACUCACUUCUGCCAGGACCUCUUAAUGUCAAUGAGAAUUACUUAUUUGUAGGGACGUAACGUUAUGGAUGGAUGUGUCAUUAUAAACUCUUUCUUUGCUGUCAAAUAAAACUCUUUUCAAACUGUGAACGUCUUCAUUGUCAGUUUAUUCUGGUAAAGUGUGUCAGUGUUUAAGUGUCAGAGUCUUUACACGAGUGUCGGUCACUUACUGAGCCGCAGACAUGAUGUGGAGCAGCUGUUCAAAGGCCCUGAUGUUUCUUUUUUAUGGUUUUGGACAUGAAGUAAACCGUUAUAUUCUAAAAUUUAUGAAAAAGUAGGACAAGAAACUGUUUGGUUGCAGAUUUACCUCCUAAACAUUUUUAUACAAAGUGUUUUAAUUCAAUAUUAAAUCUAAAUUUACUCCGGUUGCAGAAUACCGUGUAAAGAGAGUUUGAAUGAGCAUCAAACACCUGUUUUCACUUCCAGAUGGUCGUGAAUGUCCGUUUCAGAGGACAUGAGAGCGUGUGUGCCGGGCGCUGACAGACAGACCAACUGUUGGAGUGUGGGAAACCUACGAAAGAGCUUUAAUAAAACUUAAUGACACAGACUGAAUUAGAUUAUCAUGCUUUCUAACACACACUCUCUCUCUCUCUCUCUCUCUCUCUCUGCUUCAGGGCUCCAUUCAGCAGCUGCUGAUCAAGUCCGAUCCCACGGCCCCGGAUGACCAGUGUGAAGAGGACGAUCCCUAUGUGAGUGUGAAUGAAACGCACACAGACACACACUUUAAUGACUUCAUUAAGAGCGAGCAGACCAAACAUGGAAGUUUUCCUCCCUCUAGUGGUGUAAAAAGUGAACUACAUACACGUUUAGAAACAUUAUGACACAAAUAAAAGAGGGAAAUCUCUUAAAUCAACAACUUAAAUCAGUCUUUAGAUUUUAAACCGUCACCAUCUGUGCUCCAAACUUCAUACAGUAACAAAAUAAUCAAAUUAUUUUGGGUUUUUCUGAUGUUUAAGGAUAAAUACUUUACAUAUGGAGCCGAUCAAAAGUCCAAUUCUUCGUUAAGUUGAAAAUAAUCACUGUUUUCGUCCAGAUUAGAUAUCUAUUACUCUGUUCCUAGCGUUGUUUGGCAUUAAUCAUCUCUGAAAUCUGUUGUUUUUAGAGCGAAAGUUGAGCUAUAAACAGCAUAAUCAGUGUCAGGACAGAAACUGUGGGAAAACAAACACUAAGUACCCAACAGUCUCUUUUAUUAAACGGGCGUAACAGCUUUUUUGGCAACUUUCCUCAUUUGGCUUUCUAAUUGUGCCGCUCGGAGGGAGCUUUUAAUCAUUUCUGUCUCUGUUUAUCUUCUCACUCCUCUCCUUUUUUGUCUCCAGGCGUCUGGAUACGGAAGCGGUGAUGAUGAGUAUGAAGACAUGGAGGGCAGAGACGAAGUGAAGAAGAUUGUGGAGGAGAGAGAGUAUACCAUGGUGCGUAUGUGUGUGUGACUCACACACACCACACUUUAUCCCUCAGUCCUCUGUUCACGUUCAGCUGGGUUGGACUCGGACCAAAGAAAACAGUUCUUAUCCUUCCAGGCCUGCAGGAGACUGGAACAUGGUGAUAUGAGCGACUCCCUGCCAGCUCUGCGCUCUCUGGAAAAGUAGAAAUAAGGGCAACAGAACAGACACAGAGUAGAAAGAGCAUUACAUGACUUUAUUACCCUGUUUCCAAAUUAAGAGGACAAGCUCUCAGCUGUUGUAGACUCACUUCUGAUUGGUCUGAACUCCAUUACAGGGUGUUUAUUACAACCGCAGGCUCGCUCACCCUGUUGGGUCCAUAAUUUGAAUGUUGUCUCUUAUUUGUUAACUGAUUUUUACUGAUAAUUCAAGAAGAUUGGAACCAGCUGGAAAGGUAGAAAGAAACGAAAUCAAGUCCAGGUCCUCUCAACCAAUCAGAGGAGAGUGUUAAUCCCCUUUAAAGCAUUUAAAGGUGACUAUAUCACCACACUGGAGCUGGCUUUUGAGAGCUUUUUGGUACUUUUACAUCUAAAACUUUUAAAACUUAAUAUAGGCCAGGCGAGAGAUAUAAUCCCUCCACCUGGUCCUGGACCGGCCACCAGGUCUCCUCCCGGUGGGACAUGUCUGGAACACCUCUAACGGGAGGCGUCCAGAAGGCGUCCUAACCAGAUGCCCGAGCCACCUCAGCUGACUCCUCUCGACGUGGAGGAGCAGCGGUUCGACUCUGAGCGCCUCCCGAGUGUUUCUAAGGCUGAGCCCGGACACCCUGCGAAGGAAACCCAUUCGGCCGCUUGUAUCUGUGAUCUCGUUCUUUCGGUCAUUACCCAAAGUUCAUGACCAUAGGUGAGGAUCGGCACGUCCAAAAUUCUCACUUGCAUAAAGAAAUCCAACAAACAAGUCCCACGAAUGAAACCGUGCAAAAUCGAUGAUUUCUUCACCUCUUCUUUAAUGUUCAGAGAAUCUUUGAUAUCACAUACUGACACUAGGUGGUGCUAUCCAGAUAAAUUACAGCCUUUCGUCACUGAGGCUCCCUUACGUUUUGGAUACAUUAGCCUCAUAAAAAAGGUUUUUAAUGCCAAGUUAAGUCCUUAAAUUCAGACUCUGUGGACAGUACGGUCUUUGUCACUGAGAUUUGGAAACAUGAUUCGUAUCUCAGAUUCUUGACAGCUCACAUUUGACCUUUUGUAGCUCUUUUUAGUCCCCGCUGAUGUCCACAAAUAACUCACAAACAGGGCAGUGGGACAUGAGGUCAAAGAUGUCAUCACCCCGGAUGAUUAUUAACUAAAAAAAGAGGAAUAAUGUUGAUGCGCUGCAGCGGUGUGAGUCAACUUUGUGCGAUGUGAGGAAUGUUUGAGUCUGUCUGACACGGCUGUUGGAUCCGAUCGGAGGGAAAACAUUUCCUGCCAUCUGUGGGAGUCACUUCGCUCUGUUAUGUCGAGUCUUAAAAAGGGAGCUGUGUGUGCAGUUUAAAAGCUGUGAUGUUGACAGUGUAAACAACUCUUCUGUUGCAUGAAUCAUAUAAAACAUGCAGAAUAAACACAUGGAAGCUCAGAGAUGAUGCACCUAACUUACUUUUAUUGACAUUAAACUGCAAAUGAUAAAAACAUUGUUGUCAUGCUUCCUGGUGACUGAAUUUGUUGUUUUUUUUUCAGCCCCUCCCAGAGCUGGACCCCACCUACAGCAGCCCUGUCCGAGCUCCGCCCACUGAGACGUCGCCGUUUGAUGAUGAAGAUACAGAAGAGACUUCAGGACAGGAGGCGGAGACGACCACGGUGAGAGGUGAGAACAACAGACUUUAUUUACUUUAUCAGAGCUCAGGGGGUUAAAAAAAUAAUUUAAAAUCUUCCUUUUUUUUAACUCACUGGUGUUUAUUUGACAUGUUUACUCACACUGUAAGGGUGUAGUCCCUAACUCACCAGCAGAUGGUGCUGCAGCAGACAGAUCAGCUGCUCCUUUAUCGUCCUCUGCUUGUUUUUACAUCCCAGUACAUCACGAUAUAAAUGAUCAGUCUGUCUGCUGUCACCUUUAUGGUCAUAAUAUUGACUCUUUAUCUUAUUUUUAACUGAACCUAUAAUUUCACUUUUGUUCUCACAGCGAAAUCCUUCAGGACAGAUCCUCCUGCCUCUGCUCCUGACUCUGUAAGUAACGAUUAGGUGACAUUAUUGAGCGUUAUUGAACAUUUCACUGAUUUAAAAUCUCGCCUGAUCACAUUUUUUAUCAUUAUUGAUAUUAUAUAAAUUAGUUUUUUGUUCAUUUAUAGUUUAUUUUAAUGCAAAAUUUACAAAACAUAUUCCAGGAGUCGUUUUAUUGAAUCUAUGAGAGAAGAAAAAGCAGAAAUAUUGAAAAUCAAAGAAGUGGAUUGGUGUAAAUUAAAAAAAGAGAAACUCCAUGAAUGAGUGAAUCUCUGAAUGAAUGAACUGUUUUGUUUUUCACCUUCAGUACCAGCAAGUGUCUCCUGGACAGAAAGGGGAGCGUGGUGAACCAGGUCCAUCCGGUCCAUCCGGUCCUCCAGGACCUCCCGGCCCUCCAGGACAGGGUUCAGGAGACGGUCAAGGAGGAGAGCCGGGACCUCGGGGUCCACAGGGACCACAGGGACCUGCGGGCACACCUGGACUUCCAGGGAAAGAUGGACAGCCGGUGAGUUCAGUGUUCUUCACGUGUGUUGUUUAGAUGUCCUACUUUAUAGAUAUGUAGCUCUAGAAGCUGCUCAGAGCGACUCUGCAUGUAGGUCAGUCCUGAAGUUGAAAUGUUUUCUCUCUCCAGGGAAGUAAAGGUGAAGACGGCGUCCCUGUAAGUAAGAUCUUUGCAGUCUGGCAGAUUUAUAGUCAUGCUUAUAUGUGUGUGUGUGUGUGUGUGUGUGUGUGUGUGUGUGUGUGUGUGUGUGUGUGUGUGUGUGUGUGUGUGUGUGUGUGUGUGUGUGUGUGUCGGCUGUUUUUAGUCUGUGUGUGUAAAACCAGGGCAGGAAUGAACCCACAUCCAGAUCUAGAUAAGAUGGUCUACAUAUUAGAUUACAGAAAACUCUGAAUCUGUGAUCCGGACAGGUUCUGGUCUCAGAUCUGUUAUCAGACAAAGUUCUGGUUUGGCUUCAUUCCUGCUCCGAGUUCUCUGUCGAACAUUUACUCUAACAUGUUAUUGAACGCAGCUGUAACUCUGCUUUUCCAGGGGGUGACUGGGAUUCCAGGAUUCCCAGGACUGCAGGGAGAGCCUGGCCUAAAAGGAGAGAAGGUAAACAACGACUUACUUUGACAUCGAGACACCUGGAAGUGAUUGUCAGACCUCUAUAAACAUCUCUCUGUUGUUCCUCUUUAAGGGUGAUCCUGGUGUGGGACUUCCAGGUCUUCCAGGCCCUCCUGGACCUCCAGGCCAAGCUACCAAGUUGCCAAGAUUCCUGGUAGGUUUCCGAUGAGUAAUGACUAAAAAAAAGAAAUAAUUUGACUGAAAUAACUGAUGUUUUGUUGUCUCCAUCCAUCUAUCAGGAGGGAUCCGGGUUUGAAGACUUCGACAGUGACGCAGAGAUUCUCAGGGUAAGUUUUUUCUUUUGGGAUCAGGAUGAUUUAAAGCUCAGACUUUCAGUCUUCAUCUUUGAACUUUGUCUCGUGUCAUCAGGGGCCGCCGGGACUUCCAGGGCCACCAGGACAACCAGGGCCCCCAGGAACCUCAUCUGAGGACGUGUUCCCUGGACCACCCGGGGCUCCUGGGAGAGACGGGAAGGAUGGAGAGAGGGGCGAACCUGGACUACCAGUGAGUUUAACAUGAAACAUGAAGUUUUUAACAAAAUUAAUCAAGCCGUUAAAAUCAUACGGCAACGUUUUCAUCAGGAAACUCAAAUCAUAUCUUUAAGUCCAAGUUUGCAAAUCAGACAGGAGUCUGAGAAAUUCUCAUAAAUGUGUUUCUGAAUGACUGUAAAUUAAAAAAAUGAUACGUGAGAAAAUAAAGAGGAGAGUCGAGUCACGUUUGAAGUUAUAAGAGCAUAUUUAAUCACAUUAAAGGGGAAGUUAGCUAGCUAAAUGAAGUGGUCAAGGCUAAGUUUGCGAGCUAAGAAUAAUGUUAAUUUCCUAACACGUGCGUGGGGCUAGGCUGACGUUAGCUUGCUAGCUAGAGGUAAAAUUAGUGAGAUAACAGUUAUUUUAGGAAGCCUCAAAUAAGCGUCUAUCAGCGAGAAACUAUGUUUGAUCCAAUUGUGUCAGAUUUGGCGCCCCCUGUGGACAAAGAAGGAUUCGCUUGUCAGGUCCUUUACAUCUCAUUCAGAGUAACAUUACACAUGGAAAUAGUCGAAACAGGGUCUAUUCCUUAGCUGCCAAGCUGACACCUCCCCCCUUCCCCAGUUUCAAGUACCAGAAAUUAAGAUCUAGAAAACUUAAAUCUUGUUUCUGAUGUUUAUUUGUUGUUUUCAGAUAUCAUUAAAAGGCAGAAAUAAAAACUUCAGUCCAUUUAUGAACAUUAAAAAACUCCUUACAGGAGCUUUAAGCUUUUGUAAGUGAUAUUUAAUCCAAGUAGAAACUUGAUCGAUGGCCCCAUGUCCUCCAAUUUCUGAUUUGAAUCUAAAACUGAGUUUGAGUUUGUUUGUUUUUUCGUCUGAAGAGAUUUUCACAGGUAAAUAAAAUCCUUGUACAUGAACUUAUUUCUGACCGAGGUUUUGUUCACAGGUGAUUAUGGACUGGUUUAGUGGCUCAGCUUUUGGGUCUGGCUCUGGUUCAGGGUCUGGUUCUGGUUCAGGGUCUGGUCAGGUAUUACAUUUUGCCCCUUCAGAUCUGAGGGGCUGAAAAGACAGAAUUUCCCUCGACUCUCUUCAGAGCAUCCAUGUUCUCCCGCCGCUUUCCUGCCGCUGCUUUCACCACAGGGUUUCUCAGUGUUUGUGAACUAACUCAUGAAUAUUAAAGCUCCAAUAAAAGGAGUCGAUAAAGUCGGAUCUUCACGACACUUUGGCAGAAACUAUCAGCUUCUGAACAUGGUCAGCUGUCGGGGGAAAUGUGUCUUUUGUCUUUGAAACGCUGGACGCUUUACUAACUUAUGAGAGUGAGUCAUCGUCACAGGAUCUCAGUUUGGAGGAUCAUUUAGAGCUUACAGUCUUUGGUCUUGUUCUAACUGAGCAGCAUUGAACUCCAGCUGUGAGGAGAAGAGCUCUGUGCGUCUCAAAGUCGGGUUUUACUCUUUCAGGGAGUCGAUGGAAAAGACGGAGAUCCUGGUCCUGCUGGGGCGAAAGGAGACAAGGUGAGUCCAAAUCAAACAAACCCGUCCACUUUUGACUGUAAAUCUGAGAAAAUCGGCUUUUAAAUUCCUGCAGCAGGAUUCACUCUUACACUCUGUGUGUGUGUGUGUGUGUGUGUGUGUGUGUGUGUGUGUGUGUGUGCGCUCCCUCUGAUUUCCCCCGAGCACGCCUCUUAGUGCUCUGUUAGCAGAAAUAAUUACCCACCGACUGAAUAACCAGCUAACACACAGAGCUAAGCUGUUAAUAAGGAGACCCCUGUGGGCUAAUAAAGCUAAAGGCUGUAAGAGAAUAAACAACUCUGUGUUUUUUAAUAACUGCUCUCAACCACCAUUCAGAUUCACUCUCCACUCAUUUUAUUGGAUUUGUGUUUUAACAGGGAGAGCCUGGAGCGAGCGGGCGGCCCGGGGCCAAGGUGAGUUUUUACUCCAUCACUGUUUCUGGUUUUUGACUUUUGCUUCAUUAGUUGUUUUUAAAUUGAAAAAACAAAUGUUUUUCAGGGAGAUCAAGGUCCUGCAGGGUUUCCAGGUCUACCAGGCUCAGAUGGUCCACAAGGGCCAGAUGGUCACAGGGGUCAACCUGGUCCUCCUGGGCCUCCAGGUCCCCCUGGAAAAGGAUACGCCUUUGACUUUGAGGUAGAGCAUGACACAUGAAACCCAAAACCAUCAAAUCUGAUCACAAGAGCUCUUCAUUUUAAGUUUAUCUUUGUCGUGUUUUAGGACUUGGAAGGGUCCGGGGUGCUGAGUGGUCUCGGAGCAGUGCCCUCUAAAGGUCCACAGGUAAAACUGCGUCUCAUUUUAUCAUGAUCAUGUCUGUAUUUUGCUUUAAAGUCAUGAAACAGUUUCUCUGUCCUCCAUGAUUGAGUUUCCUGUGUCUCUUAAACAGGGUCCUCCUGGUCUCCCUGGACUCAGAGGACCUGAGGUGAGACCUGCAUGUUUGCUAACAUGAGCUCGUUUUGUCUCUAGAUUAGAUUUCCACUUUCACUCUGUGUUCCUGUUAGAUUAGAGCUUUACAUGAUGUGGAAGAGGAAAAGUUACAGAAAAAAAACACCUUUUGUUUGUUUAUUUUACUCUCGAAUCGACAAAAACUGACAAAUUCUACAGAAGUGUACGCUGAGGUUAAAAACGUAGGUAAGUGAUUCUGAUUCUAACUUUAUUUUUCUCUUUAUUUGUCCUUUAAAGGGUAAAGAUGGUGAAAACGGCGUCCCAGGAAAACCCGGGGAAAAGGUGAGAGUGACUGUCGAGGGUUAAUUUUUUAUCAACCCAACAUGUUUCUCAACAGUGAAGUGAUGGUAAAAGGAGGAACAUCUUCCAGCUUAACUGGUUUAAUCAGCAGCAGGUUAUUAACAUGACAGGGGAAAGACUUUUAUAUCCUGGUACAGACCCAGGCUCAUUUAAGAGGGACUGAGGCAGACCGUCCUGUGGUCUGAUGAUCCAGAUUUGACCUUUUUUGGAAAUCAUGGACGAGUAAAAUGAAGAGUAACAGUGUUGACGUCUGUGAGUGAUGAAUGUGUCUCUGCUGCGUCUGCAGGGCGAGCCUGGUAUCAUCGGACGACCAGGGUUUCCAGGACUGGAGGGACUUAAAGGGGCGGAGGUCAGUUCACCUACAGAAGUCUUCGACCAGACGGCGAUCAAUCAGCUGAUUUAAGAAAACAACGGCAGCUGAAAACCCUGAUUUGACUUUGUCUCAUCUUUGUUCUCCUGCAGGGACAAAAGGGGGACAAAGGAGAUUCAGGACAAAAGGGAGAAGCAGGACGGGAUGGCGUUGGUCUUCCAGGCCCUCCUGGACCACCAGGACCGGUCAUCAACCUCCAGGAUGUAAGUGACUCUGCAGAAACAGCCUGAUCCGUCUGAUCCUGGUCUCAGCGUGUUUGAUCACUCUUGUUUCCUUCACCAGCUGAUGCUGAACGAUACAGAUGGCGCCUUCAACUUCUCAGGGAUUUUUGAAGCUCAGGGAGUCGCUGUGAGUAUCAAACCGCCAACAUGAGGGUGAAAAAAACAGGAAGUGUGUUUGGAUAGAUGUAGCUGCUGAGUGGAGCAGGUGUUCGCUCUCUCAGUGUCAGGGUUCGUGUUGUAAACAGAAACAAACAUCAGGAUACAAACAAACUGAAAUAUCUGUUUAGUUUACGAGUUUUCAUGACGGGUUCGAAUCGUUCACAGGGUCAGAAGGGGGACAUGGGUUCACCGGGAAUACGAGGACCUCCAGGACUGAAAGUAAGUCCAAGACCACAUAGAUCUGUUCGCUUAGAGCGCCCGUUUGAUUUUACAGAGAUGAAAACGAUGUCUUUGCGUGUUCCUCCAUCUACGUUUGGUUUUGUUGAUCUCUCGUGUGUGUGUGUGUGUGUGUGUGUGUGUGUGUGUGUGUGUGUGUGUGUGUGUGUGUGUGUGUGUGUGUGCAGGGUGAAAAAGGUGAGCCUGGAUUCGUCAUCGCUGCAGACGGAUCCACGAUAUCAGGCCUGGCUGGACCCAAAGGAGACAAGGUCAGAUUUGUCGUCACUUUCUUAUGCUGCAAACACUAACGCUGUGUCCGAGUCACCUCAGAGGUCAGAUGUCUGAGCUUGGAAUGACGUGACGACCGAGUUCCCAGUGUUUCAGCUGCCAAGACGGGAAAAAAGCAAAAUCGUAGGCGGAAACAAGAUGGCUACAUCUACAAAAGGAGAUGCUAAAAUAACUUUCGUAGAUGUACCCAUCUUGUUUCCGCCUCUGAUUUUGCUUUUUUCCGUCCUGGUAACUGAAACACUUGGAACUCGGUCGUCACGUCAUUCCCAGUUUAGACAUCUGACCUCUGAGGUAACUGGAACGCAGCAUAACACCUGAGGAUUAACGUGCUUAAAGUAAAAGUCUUUGAAAAGCUUCUUAGUUGAAGUGUAUCAGUCAGUGAAAAGGUGUGUCUGUGUUUUCAGGAUUAACGUACUUUGACUUAAAGGUGUCUGUAAAAGUGAAAAGGUGUGUCUGUGUUUUCAGGGUGAAUCUGGUGUAACCGGCCCUCCCGGAGUCUCAGUAAGUUUUCACUAAAGUUCCUUUUAAAGGUUUUUGCAUCAGUUUCCUGAUUUCGUUCUUUCAGUAAAUUUGUCGUUGUUUCCGUCAGGGGCCGAUCGGACCAUCAGGACCGAAAGGAGAAUUCGGCUUCCCUGGAAGACCGGUGAGCAACAUGAACUGAACUGUACUUUUUAAAAUCGAGUCAAACUUCCUGUUUUCGAGUUUGUCUGAUGACUGUUGUGAUUUCAGGGUCGUCCAGGUCACAUGGGACUCAAAGGAGAGAAAGGGGAUCCUGCAGGGCAGCCUGUGAGUCACAGCUGAUCUCUGUUUACAUUGAAACUCUGUGAGGAUGAAAACUGUAAAUAAAAAAGUGACGUCGUCUUUGACUCACCGUCGGAUCUUUCUCUUUCAGGGUCCUCCUGGUCCUCCUGGACCGCCGGGCCGCCCAGGGAUGUUUAACUGCCCCAAAGGAGUACGUUCUUAUAAACACACUUGAACUCGCUCUUAUUUACUGUCUCUGAUUUUACUCACAGUCCACUCUUCUUCUCUGGUUUCCACAGACCGUGUUCCCCGUCCCACCGAGACCUCACUGUAAAAUGGCGGUAAGUUUCAGUCAGGAUGAAACGACACGUCUUUAAUUUUCUCAUUAACAAAACACUCAUUAAAACAUGCCUGUCUCACACUAACCCUCCUUUACUCCGCCUCUUUCAUACACCCAUUUUCUCUUCUUCUUCUUCUUCGUUGGUGCACAGACAGUUUCCAUCCUCUCCUCUGUAACGCCGCUGCUUCCUAACCUUCUCUCACCCAGAACUCCUCCAGAUUGUCUCUUAAAUACUCCUGCUCGCUGCAUGUCCGCUCUGGGAAGGUGAGGGCUCACUGCCAAAACAGAAAUGAGGUAUCAGUUUAACCCCGCCCACAAAUAACCUGCACGUGUCAUUGGCUUGUUGAUCAUGAUAUUAACCCUGAAGAUCAGAGAGUUUGAUAAAAAUUGAUGAAUUCAGAUAUUUUCUGACCUCUGACCUCUGUCUUUGUUUUUUCAGCUUAAUCCAGAUGGAACCGUAGCAGCAGGUAGGCGCCAUGUUUGAUCAUUAAACAUUAUAAUUUGAUAAUUGAUUUAUUGAUUUCGGCCCUUUGAGACCUACAGCUGCAUAAAAACCAAAAUUUUAAGAUAGAAAUGUGAAAGAAAGACGUUAAACCUUUGGAUUAAACUUCAGUCAUCGUGAAAGUGCAGUUCCUCCAGUGUCCACUUGAGGCUGAUUCCAAAAGACAUGGAAACCCCAUUAGGACUCAUUUAAAGAGGUUUAUUUAUAAAGCUAAAAAUAAACAUGUUUACAGUCUGGUUAAAGUCACAGUGUCAGGAGGUCUUCAGAAGGUCGUCAGAGCGAGUAUUUCCAACGUCUCGACCGCCAUCUUUGUGCUUCAUGAACUUUGAAAACUGACGGACGACCACACAGACACUAACCCCCCUCUUCUCCUCUGUAAGGUAACUGUCAAAAUGGACCAAAAGGAGAAAAAGGAGAGAGAGGCCUUCCUGGGUCACCGGCACCACAGAGUGAGUCAGAACUUCACCAGAAUCAAACCCUGUCCCGUCUCUGAGCGUCUGAUGAAUUUAAAGCUCUUAUCUAAUCUUGAUCUCCUCUCUCUCUCUCUUUCUGUCGUUCGUCUUUGUUUCAGACUCGUUUCUGCCCAGAGGAGGAUGGGUGAGUCUCGUUUAAAGUUUCUCCUCUGAGGUUCUGGCUCUGUCUGCUUUUAGACUCAGGUUUUUAUACGUCCUUCUGUCUGUACGUGAAAUCACAGGGAGCGAGAGGAGACCAGGGCUUUAAAGGAGAGAAGGGAGACAAAGGAGACGAAGGGUUUCCAGGGCAACCGGGUAUCCCAGGGAGACCGGGUCCUGUGGUGAGUCUGCGGAUUCAGAGUUUCUUCUUUAUUUCAGAAAACGUCUCAAGGUCAUUAAUUAACUCUCCUCGUUAUGUUUCAGGGACCUAAAGGAGAGUCGGUACUCGGUCCACAAGGACCUCCUGGUGUGCCGGGUUCACCUGGUUCCCCAGGUUAUGGCAGACCGGGACCGGUUGGUCCUCCUGGACCACCAGGACCCCCAGGACUGCCGGGAUCAUCCUCAAGAUACGGUUCAGGUACAAACUGUCAGUCAUGUCUAAGAGUCUAAGAGGGAAACAGUCUGUGUUUGUGAAGACUGUUUAUAGACUGUCACGGUUCUGUCAUAGCAGUGACUAUUGCUGGACCCCAAGGACCCCCUGGACCCCCUGGACCACCUGGAGCUUCGGGUAACGCAGCUUCUGUAAGUGUUCAGGCUGUAGUUCUACACAACAUGUAAAAAAUACACCAGAUAGUUCCUGAGAGAGAUCUUCAUUUUUUUCCUUCUUCUCUGUUUUAAAGCUGAGGACCUUCACAACCCGGGAGAUCAUGAUGCAGCACACGGUCCGGGAUGCGGAGGGGACUCUGGCGUACGUCACAGGAACAGGAAGUCUGUUCCUCAAAGUUUCAUCGGGAUGGAAAGAGAUUCAGGUACGAAGACGAAGACGAGGUUUACAUGUUUGAGGUUUAUGUCCGUCUGAAAAUAGAGAUGUUUGUUAAGGAUGAACUGAUGCUGAGAUCUCAACAGAUUCAGACCCAACAUCUGACAGAAGUAGACACGAUCAGUCAGAGAUGAUCACUGGGAAAAUACUCCAAACUGAUAAAACUGAAGCGUGUGUCGACAGUUGAUCCAGCAGAUUAUAAAAAAGACUCUCCUUUUGAAGUUUGACUCCUCUGGUCAUAAAAAGUUCAUCCUGUGAAGCUGUUGUGUCAUUUUUUCUCAAUUUUUCUUUUUGUUAAAUGUGAAAUAUGAGGCCAACAUGAUCUCGAGUCAGAAAACACGAUGAAUGUUUUUCACAUUUGAGUCGUUUCUGUUCCUCUGCAGCUCGGCAGCCUCAUCUACCUCUCCAAUAACAUCAUCCCACAAGAUGAGGUACUUCUUCUUCUUCUUCUUCUUCUAAUGUGUUUUUUUUUUUUUGUUUAUCUGCUCAGUUAAAAAUGAUUUUGUUGAAUGUUUUCUGUUUUCAGCCUCGAGUUGCGUAUCAGACAAGAGGAGACACCACGGAGAGAGUGCGCUCACGAACAGAGAGGGUGAGUGUCGGCGAGUCUUCGUCGUUUUGAAGAACAGAAAUACUUUCAUCGAUUUUAGCAAACGUGGAUUUUAACGAGAAUGAUCGUGUUCCUUCUCUAGCUCAACCUGGUGGCUUUAAACCAACCGCACUCAGGCGACAUGAUGGGACUCGACACGGCCGACCGCAUGUGCUACGAGCAGGCGAAGGCGAUGGGUUUACCGACCAACUACCGCGCCUUCAUUUCCUCCCACAGACAAGACCUGGUCCAUGUGGUCUACCCCGGUUUCAGGGAAACUCUGCCGGUCACCAACCUCAGGGUGAGUCCGCUUCUCUGCUGAUUCCCGGACUCCACGUCUCCGCCGCCUCUUCCUCCUCCGUCUAACCUGCUUCUUUCUGUCGUCUUUCAGGGAGACAUCAUGUUCAGGAACUGGCGGUCAAUCUUUAACGGCGAAGGAGGACCGAUCAGGUCCAGGAUACCCAUCUACUCCUUUGACGGGCGGGAUGUUUUAGCCGACCCCUUCUGGUCAGUAACUCGACCUUCCUCCCGUCUGUGUUCUGUCUGUUUUCUGUCUGUUUUCUGUCUGUUUUUUGUCUUUCUGAUGAAAACUUUAAAAUAUUUUCUUUCCUGAUCGUUUUGGUUCCUCAGGCCUCAGAAGAGCAUCUGGCACGGCUCCACCGCCGGGGGUCUGCGGGUGUUGGACAAACACUGUGAGACGUGGCGGGCCGACCACGUGUCCGUCAUGGGCCAGUCGUCGAGCCUGACCUCGGGUCUGCUCCUGGGCCAGCAGACGCGUAGCUGUUCUAACCAGUACAUCGUUCUUUGCAUCGAGACCCACAAAACCCAUUAAACCCCCAAAACCACUCCACCCAAGAGCCCACCAGGGUCCCUUUGAGCGUCCAAACUCAGAGACUCUAAAUGACUUUCUUGGAAGAAGAACGUUGACGGUGCUAUGUGUAGCAUUUUGUGGUUUGUUAAAGACACGGAAGAUCCUAACGCCUCUUAUUCGCCGCCAUCUUCAGCGUGACUUUCUGAGGAGUGAGGCGGUAAAGAGGCGGUCAAAACUCUUGGCAUUUGUAAUCUGGGAAUCUAAGCUAACAUGAGGACGAUUCAACGCUGCGGCACGGGGAUCGUUUCACUUUCGAGGGACGUCAAUUUGACCAGAGGAUUCCCCUGAAAUCCAAACUGGUGGCACAUAACGUAAAACACAAAGGCUGAUCGAUUCGUAGCUGUGCUGAUGCUAACGUUGUCAAAGAGAGCGUGGCCCCUUUGGCUCAUGGGAAGGGAAGUCACUGCAACAAGACCCAGCCGAGCCAAGCCAAAAUGGCGUCAUAACCACCGUGACUGUAUAUAAAAAGUAGAUGUGAACUUCUGCCAUAUUGUCCGCAUUAUUCUGGAAAGAACCGGAUCCUGAAAUAAUUAACAUCGAGCUGAACCAAAGACAACGUCAGACUCGUGAUUUGGACUCCGAAAUCGUUCAGAAAAUGUCGACCGAGACUUAAAUUAAAGAAAAAGUUUGGUCACAUCUGCAUAAAGUUACACAAAGAUGCGGUUAAUUUGUGAGCGUUAGAGUCGCCCCCUGCUGGCUGUUUGCAACAAUGCAGGUUUACGACGCCUCAGCAGAUCAAACCUUGAAGCCACAUCCACUUCUUAUAUACAGUCCUGAAUGAAUACAGAGUUUUUUCUGAAAUCUAACGUCUCUUUGUUGUUCAGCAGACUUCAUAGCUUUCCUGAUAAAUAUUAUCUUUUUUAUAAAUGAUGAAUUUCCAAAGACUUUAGUUAUCGAAGCUUAAAGGACUACUUUAGCUACUUUGUUUACAAAUAACCUUCAGACAGUUUACUUCAAAGUUUUAACCGGAGACGUCCCUCAUCGAUGGGAAGACCAGACAGCCAGUGUUACCACCAAAGAAAUAUUUGAUGCACUGUACUUUAUUUUUUUUAGAUAUUUUGUAGCUCUAACAUUUUUCAUCCUUAAAGUUUUGUGUUGUUGCUUUUUUCAUCCGUCUUGUUGAUCUCACUUCUUGGCCGUUCUUUCUCUCAGUAGGAUAUUUAAUUUAAACCCAAUGAUUUAUUUAUACCGUCACAGCACAUAACAGUAAAAAAAAAAAAAAUCAGAUGAUUAAUUUUAAGAAUGUAAUUUAUCAUGUGUUGGUUGUUUCUUCACACUUUGUGCCUCUUUUCUUAUUCUUUGUACAGUUUUUUGCCUUUUUUUUUUUGGUAAAAACUUUUUUGGAGAAUGUUAAAUUUCCAAAGUUAAAAAAAAUUCAACUGUAACAACAAUAUUUUCAUGCUGAAAAAAAAAAAGAAUUUUAAGGGAAAAGAGAGCACAUGUUUGUAUAAAUAUUGGUGCUUUAUUGAAUAAAGUUUUCUCUUUUGGUAAA